AUGUAUGAGUGUCCAGUGAUCCAUCCUAUAUCAGCGGUACACCAGUACACAUCGUCUGGCUGGUGGUCAAACACGUCCUUGAAGGUCAGAGAGGUGUAAAGCAGGUAGACUGCCACCGUGUGAAGGACACCCUGCAGGGAAGGCAGAUACAGGGUUAACACAGGGCUAAUAUAUACACACACACACACACACACACACACACACACACAUUUACGAACGCACACACGCAAGCGCACACAGGAACAUGCACACACACACAUUAUCACUCGAGUAUGUGUGUGUGUGUGUGUGUGUGUGUGAGUGUGUGUGUGUGUGAGUGAGUGUGACUGAGUGUGUGACAGUGUGUGUGUGUGUGUGUGCGUGUGUGUGUGUGUGUGUGUGUGUGAGUGAGUGUGACUGAGUGUGUGACAGUGUGUGUGUGUGUGUGUGAGAGAGAGAGUGUCCUACCUUUGGUUUGCCAGUAGAUCCGCUGGUAUACAGUAUAAAGAGAGGAUCCUCUGCAUCCAGCCACUCAGGUUCACACUGCUCAGAGACCUGUCCCAUAACCUCCUCCCAACAGACGUCACACACAGGAUUCCACGGGGUCUGGACACCAGGAAAUACAGCAGGACCAUGACUUAGUCAGAAUACAGUAGAUGUACACCAGGAAAUACAGCAGGACCAUGACUUAGUCAGAAUACAGUAGAAGUACACCAGGAAAUACAGCAGGACCAUGACUUCAGUCAGAAUACAGUAGAAGUACACCAGGAAAUACAGCAGGACCAUGACUUAGUCAGAAUACAGUAGAAGUACACCAGGAAAUACAGCAGGACCAUGACUUAGUCAGAAUACAGUAGAAGUACACCAGGAAAUACAGCAGGCCAUGACGGGUCAGUCAAUACAUAGAAGUACCCCCAGAAGAUACGCAUGACCAUUGACUCAGUCCAGAAUACAUUAAGAAGUACCACCAGGAAAUACGCAGGACCAUGACUCAGUUCAGAAUAACAGUAAAGUACAACUCCAGGAAAUACAGCAGGACCAUGACUCAGUCAGAAUACAGUAGCGGGUGUUCAUAAUGUUUCGUACACUCAGUGUAUAUUUCUACAUAGUAGAGGAGCCUCAAUACGGUGCUUAUAUGCUGUCAUAUGUCUUCUGGCUGCGAUAGACAUACAAGUGUCGUUUCACACAUAAUCACUACGGCGACAGAUUGAGAUCUCUAGGGGCAACAGACAGAUGGAGACUUCCCUUAUAAUCAAAGAUAGAGAGAGAGAGAGAGAAGCGCGAGAGCGAGAUAGCUAUAGAGAGAGAGGAGAGAUCGAUAGAGCUGAUCGCUAGAGAUAGAGAUGAUCUAGCGCUACCCUCUCUGCUAGAUGGAGGUAGGUCGUGCUCUAUCUCUCUACCCUCGCUCUGCUUCCCUCGCUCUCUCUGCUCUCUCUCUAUACUCCCCCGCUCCGCGAUCUCCCUUCUCCCUCGCCCCUCUCUCUCUCUAUCUCUCUAGCUCUCUCCUCUCCCUCUCUCUCUCGCGCUCCCUCUCUCUCUCUCUCUCCCGCUGCUGUUCUCUCCCUCUCUACUUCUCCCUCUUCGCUUCUCUCUCUCCUCUCUUGCUCUCCCUCUCUCUCGUCUCCAUCUCUCUCUCCAGCACCUCUCUCUCUCUUCUCUCUCUCUCUCUCUCUUCUCUCUCUCUAUCUUCUUGCCUCCUCGCUCUCUCUCCCCUCUCUCUCUCCCUCCUCCUCCCUCUCUUCAUCUUCUCUUCUCCCUCGUCUGGUCUCUCUCCUCGGCUCUGUCUCGUCAGUCCUCGGGGUCUCUCGUCCUCGCUCUCCCUCUCCACCUCUCUGCUUCGGGUCUCUCUUUGCUUCUGCGCCUCUGCUCUCGGCUCUCUCGUUACAGGUCCCUCUCUCUCUCGUCUCCUACCCUCUCUCUACCUCCCUCUGUCUCUCUAUUCUCGUCAACCCUUGGCGUGCUUAGAGCUGUGCUAUCCUGUGCGUCUACUCAUACUACUCUCUCUCUCUCCCUCUCUCGUCUCUUGCUCUCUCUCUCUCCCCCCCUCCUCCUCCCCCUCCUACUCCGCUCCCACCAAAACAGCUAACUUCUCAUUCCUCCCCCGUCUUCUCUCUCUCUCUCUCUCUCUCUCUCUCUCGCUUCUCCUUCGUCUCUCGCUUCUUUUCUUUUCUCUUCUCUCUCUCCCCUCUUCUCCCUGCUCCCGCCUCUACCUCUUCCCACUCCCCUCUCUCUCUCUCCCAUAUCUCUCGUCCUCUCCAUCCCCUCUCUCUCUCCCUCCUCGCCUCUAACACCUCUCUCUCCUCUCUCUCGCCGCGCUCUCUCUCUCUCUCCCCUCUCGCGCGUCCCUCGAUCUCCAUCUCUUCUACUCUCCCCGCUGCCUCUCGCGCCCCUCGCCCCCUUCCCCCCCCUUCUCUCGCGAUCCUCUCUCUUCUCUCAUCUCUCUCUCUCGCUUCUCUGGUUCUCUCUCUCUCGCCCUUCUUCCUUCUUCUUUCCCUUCCUUUCCCCGCAGUAUUCAUCCCCCUUGCUAUGGAGCCCCUAAAUAAGAUCUGGUGCAACCAAUUACCUUCAUAAGACACAUAAUUAGUUAAAUAAAGUCCACCUGUGUGCAAUCAAUAGGGCUCUGGUCAAACAUAUAUACAGUGUCUUGCAAAAGUAUUCAUCCCCCUAGGUGUUUUUCCUAUUUUGUUGCAUUACAAACUGUAAUUUAAAUGUAUCUUUAUUUGGAUUUCAUGUAAUGGACAUACAAAACAGUCCAAAUUGGUGAAGUGAAAUUUAAAAAAUAACUUAUUUCAAAAAAUUCUAACAAAUAAAUAACAGAAAAGUGGUGCGUGCUAAUGUAUUUACCGCCUUUGCUAUGAAGCCCCUAAAUAAAAUCUGGUGCAACCAAUUACCUUCCGAAGUCACAUACAGUUGAAGUCGGAAGUUUACAUACACCUUAGCCAAAUACAUUUUAACUCAGUUUUUCACAAUUCCUGACAUUUAAUCCUAGUAAAAAUUCCCUGUCUUAUGUCAGUUAGGAUCACCAUUUUAUUUUAAGAAUGUGAAAUGUCAGAAUAAUAGCAGAGAGAGUGAUUUAAUUCAGCUUUUGUUUAUUUCAUCACAUUCCCAGUGGGUCAGAAGUUUACAUACACUCAAUUAGUAUUUGGUAGCAUUGCCUUUAAAUUGUUUAACUUGGGUCAAACGUUUCGGGUAGCCUUCCACAAGCUUCCCACAAUAAGUUGGGUGAAUUUUGGCCCAUUCCUCCUGACAGAGCUGGUAUAACUGAGUCAGGUUUGUAGGCCUCCUUGCUCGCACACGCUUUUUCAGUUCUGCCCACAAAUGUUCUAUAGGAUUGAGGUCAGGGCUUUGUGAUGGCCACUCCAAUACCUUGACUUUGUUUGUCCUUAAGCCAUUUUGCCACAACUUUGGAAGUAUGCUUGGGGUCAUUGCCCAUUUGGAAGACCCAUUUGUGACCAAGCUUUAACUUCCUGACUGAUGUCUUGAGAUGUUGCUUCAAUAUAUCCACAUAAUUUUCCUUCCUCAUGAUGCCAUCUAUUUUGUGAAGUGCACCAGUCCCUCCUGCAGCAAAGCAACCCCACAGCAUGAUGCUGCCACCCCCGUGCUUCACGGUUGGGGUGGUGUUCUUCGGCUUGCAAGCAUUCCCCUUUUUCCUCCAAACAUAACGAUGGUCAUUAUGGUCAAACAGUUCUAUUUUUGUUUCAUCAGACCAGAGGACAUUUCUCCAAAAAGUAUGAUCUUUGUCCCCAUGUGCAGUUGCAAACCGUAGUCUGGCUUUUUUAUGGCGGUUUUGGAGCAGUGGCUUCUUCCUUGCUGAGCGGCCUUUCAGGUCAUGCCUGAGACAAGGCCUUCACAAGGUCCUUUGCUGUUGUUCUGGGAUUGAUUUGCAGUUUUCGCACCAAAGUACGUUCAUCUCUAGGAGACAGAACGCGUCUCCUUCCUGAGCGGUAUGACGGCUGCGUGGUCCCAUGGUGUUUAUACUUGUGUACUAUUGUUUGUACAGAUAAAUGUGGUACCUUCAGGCGUUUGGAAAUUGCUCCCAAGGAUGAACCAGACUUGUGGAGGUCUACAAUUUAUUUUCUGAGGUCUUGGCUGAUUUCUUUUGAUUUUCCCAUGAUGUCAAGCAAAGAGGCACUGAGUUUGAAGGUAGGCCUUGAAAUACAUCCACAGGUACACCUCCAAUUGACUCAAAUUAUGUUUUAGAAACUUCUAAAGCCAUGACAUCGUUUUCUGGAAUUUUCCAAGCUGUUUAAAGGCACAGUCAACUUAGUGUAUGUAAACUUCUGACCCACUGGAAUUGUGAUACAGUGAAAUAUGAGUGAAAUAUUCUGUCUGUAAACAAUUGUUGGAAACAUUACUUGUGUCAUGCACAAAGUAGAUGUCCUAACCGACUUGCCAAAACUAUAGUUUGUUAACAAGAAAUGUGUGGAGUGGUUGAAAAACGAGUUUUAAUGACUCCAACCUAAGUGUAUGUAAACUUACGACUUCAACUGUAAUUAGUUAAAUAAAGUCCACCUGUGUGCAAUGUAAGUGUCACAUGAUCUGUCACAUGAUCUCAGUAUAUAUACACCUGUUCUGAAAUUUCCCAGAGUCUGCAACACCACUAAGCAAGGGGCACCACCAAGCAAGCGGCACCAUGAAGACCAAGGAGCUCUCCAAACAGGUCAGGGACAAAGUUAUGGAGAAGUACAGAUCAGGGUUGGGUUAUAAAACAAUAUCAGAAACUUUGAACAUCCCACGGAGCACCAUUAAAUCCAUUAUUAAAAAUGGAAAGAAUAUGGCACCACAACAAACCUGCCAAGAGAGGGCCGCCCACCAAAACUCACGGACCAGGCAAGGAGGGCAUUAAUCAGAGAGGCAACAAAGAGACCAAAGAUAACCCUGAAGGAGCUGCAAAGCUCCACAGCGGAGAUUGGAGUAUCUGUCCAUAGGACCACUUUAAGCCAUACACUCCACAGAGCUGGGCUUUACGGAAGAGUGGCCACAAAAAAGCAAUUGCUUAAAGAAAAAAAUAAGCAAACACUUUUGGUGUUCACCAAAAGGCAUGUGGGAGACUCCCCAAACAUAUGGAAGAAGGUACUCUGGUCAGAUGAGACUAAAAUUGAGCUUUUUGUCCAUCAAGGAAAACGCUAUGUCUGCUGCAAACCCAACACCUCUCAUCACCCCGAGAACACCAUCCCCACAGUGAAGCAUGGUGGUGGCAGCAUCAUGCUGUGGGGAUGUUUUUCAUUGGCAGGGACUGGGAAACUGGUCAGAAUUGAAGGAAUGAUGGAUGGCACUAAAUACAGGGACAUUCUUGAGGGAAACCUGUUUCAGUCUUCCAGUGAUUUGAGACUGGGGCGGAGGUUCACUUUCCAGCAGGACAAUGACCCUAAGCAACACUCGAGUGGUUUAAGGGGAAACAUUUAAAUGUCUUGGAAUGGCCUAGUCAAAGCCCAGACCUCAAUCCAAUUGAGAAUCUGUGGUAUGACUUAAAGAUUGCUGUACACCAGCGGAACCCAUCCAACUUGAAGGAGCUGAAGCAGUUUUGCCUUGAAGAAUGGGCAAAAAUCCCAGUGGCUAGAUGUGCCAAGCUUAUAGAGACAUACCCCAAGAGACUUGCAGCUAUAAUUUCUGCAAAAGGUGGCUCUUCAAAGUAUUGACUUUGGGUUGGGGGGGGGGGGUGAAUAGUUAUGCACGCUCAAGUUUUCAGUUUUUUUGUGUUAUUUCUUGUUUGUUAGACAACAAAAUAGGAAAAAUGCUAAGGGGGGUGAAUACUUUUGCAAGCCACUGUAAAAGCAGAACCAGGAUAGAGGCGUAAAUAGAACCUACUUCUCCCUGCAUUUCUCCAGAGCCUCGUCUGCUAUCUGUUUCAGGUUGAUCAACUUCUCCCCUCUGUAUACACCAUCUAGAGAGAGGAGAGAGAGAGAGAGAGAGAGAGAGAGAGAGAGAGAGAGGAUGAGAGAGAGGAGAGAGAGGAGAGAGAGAGAGAGAGAGAGAGAGAGAGGGAGAGAAUGCAAAUUGAUAAGAUAUCGAGUGUCCAUCUGAACUGUUGGGGACCCAAGCCCAUAUAGGAUGUACAGUGAGGGAAAAAAGUAUUUGAUCCCCUGCUGAUUUUGUACGUUUGCCCACUGAUAAAGACAUAUUCAGUCUAUAAUUUUAAUGGUAGGUUUAUUUGAACAGUGAGAGACAGAAUAACAACAAAAAAAUCCAGAAAAGCGCAUGUCAAAAAUGUUAUCAAUUGAUUUGCAUUUUAAUGAGGGAAAUAAGUAUUUGACCCCUCUGCAAAACAUGACUUAGUACUUGGUGGCAAAACCCUUGUUGGCAAUCAGAGGUCAGACGUUUCUUGUAGUUGGCCACCAGAUUUGCACACAUCUCAGGAGGGAUUUUGUCCCACUCCUCUUUGCAGAUCUUCUCCAAGUCAUUAAGGUUUCAAGGCUGACGUUUGGCAACUCGAACCUUCAGCUCCCUCCACAGAUUUUCUAUGGGAUUAAGGUCUGGAGACUGGCUAGGCCACUCCAGGACCUUAAUGUGCUUCUUCUUGAGCAACUCCUUUGUUGCCUUGGCCGUGUGUUUUGGGUCAUUGUCAUGCUGGAAUACCCAUCCACGACCCAUUUUCAAUGACCUGGCUGAGGGAAGGAGGUUCUCACCCAAGAUUUGACGGUAAAUGGCCCCGUCCAUCAUCCCUUUGAUGUGUUGAAGUUGUCCUGUCCCCUUAGCAGAAAAACACCCCCAGAGUAUAAAGUUUCCACCUUCAUGUUUGACGGUGGGGAUGGUGUUCUUGGGGUCAUAGGCAGCAUUCCUCCUCCUCCAAACACGGCGAGUUGAGUUGAUGCCAAAGAGCUCCAUUUUGGUCUCAUCUGACCACAACACUUUCACCCAGUUCUCCUCUGAAUCAUUCAGAUGUUCAUUGGCAAACUUCAGACGGGCUGCAGGAUUUCAGUCCUUCACGGCGUAGUGUGUUACCAAUUGUUUUCUUGGUGACUAUGGUCCCAGCUGCCUUGAGAUCAUUGACAAGAUCCUCCCGUGUAGUUCUGGGCUGAUUCCUCGCAGUUCUCAUGAUCAUUGCAACUCCACGAGGUGAGAUCUUGCAUGGAGCCCCAGGCCGAGGGAGAUUGACAGUUAUUUUGUGUUUCUUCCAUUUGCGAAUAAUCGCACCAACUGUUGUCACCUUCUCACCAAGCUGCUUGGCGAUGGUCUUGUAGCCCAUUCCAGCCUUGUGUAGGUCUACAAUCUUGUCCCUGACAUCCUUGGAGAGCUCUUUGGUCUUGGCCAUGGUGGAGAGUUUGGAAUCUGAUUGAUUGAUUGCUUCUGUGGACAGGUGUCUUUUAUACAGGUAACAAGCUGAGAUUAGGAGCACUCCCUUUAAGAGUGUGCUCCUAAUCUCAGCUCGUUACCUGUAUAAAAGACACCUGGGAGCCAGAAAUCUUUCUGAUUGAGAGGGGGUCAAAUACUUAUUUCCCUCAUUCAAAUGCAAAUCAAUUUAUAACAUUUUUGACAUGCGUUUUUCUGGAUUUUGUUGUUGUUAUUCUGUCUCUCACUGUUCAAAUAAACCUACCAUUAAAAUUAUAGACUGAUCAUUUCUUUGUCAGUGGGCAAACGUACAAAAUCAGCAGGGGAUCAAAUACUUUUUUCCCUCACUGUAAUUGCUUUAUAACUUGAGGAUGAUUGGUCCAACUAGGGAACGUUGCCUAGCUAGGGGCUAAAGUCCACAUGCAUGGUGUCAUCUGAUUGGACAUCAGCCACAUCCCACAUGUAAGGAGUCGUCUUAUUGGUCAUCAGCCACGUCCCACAUGUAAGGAGUCAUCUUAUUGGUCAUCAGCCACAUCCCACAUGUAAGGAGUCAUCUUAUUGGACAUCAGCAUGGCUCUAAAGUGCGACCAUAUGCUCCUAGGUAUUUUGUUGUGCGACCUGACAUUUUUUAUGUUGGGAGCACUGUGCGACCAGGAAAUAAAUCACCCAGAUGAUAAUAGUUGGAAUUUUAAUUUUUUAAAUUUUUUCCUUUAUUUAACUAGGCAAGUCAGUUAAGAACAAAUUCUUAUUUAAAAUGACAGCCUACACCGGCCAAACCCGGCCGACGCUGGGGCAAUUGUGCGCCGCCCUUUGGGACUCCCAAUCACGGCCGGUUGUGAUACAGCCUGGAAUCGAACCAGGGGGUCUGUAGUGACUCCUCAAGCACUGAGAUGCAGUGCCUUAGACCACUGCGCCACUCGGGAGCCCGAAUGAAUGAUGGGCUUCACUGGGCUGUUGUUUCAGGAGGAAAAAGCGAGUGCAGAUUCAUUCAAUCUUAAGCCUACAUGUAAAGAAUAUUAAAGAAUGCAUCAGUGAUUUGUAUUUCUUGCAAAUUUCUGAUGAAGUAAUGGCAUGGGAACGCCUGUGUCCGUCACUUUGUGUAGCCAGUUUAGCGAAACAUUUCUAAUCCCAUAAAACUUUCCAAACUAUCUGGCAUAAUGAUAUCAAAUCAAAUUUGAUUUGUCACAUGUGUCGAAUACGAUGUGAAAUGCUUACUUACAAGCCCUUAACCAACAACGCAGUUCAAGAAAUAGAGUUAAGAUAAUAUUUACUAAAUCAAAUAAAGUAAAAAAAUCAAAUAAAAAGUAAGACAAUAAAGUAACAAUAACGAUACAGGGGGUACCGGUACCGAGUCAAUGUGCUGGGUGGGUUCGAUUCCCAUGGGGGGCCAGUAUAAAAAAAAAUAUGUAUUCACUAACUGUAAGUCGCUCUGGAUAAGAGUGUCUGCUAAAUGACUAAAAUGUAAAAAAUGGGUACAGGUUAGAUAUGAUAUCAUGAUGAUUUGUAUCAAUUGGGUGGUAUUUUGUUUUGCAAACCUUGCUAUUGCGCAUGCAGAACAGAAACACUGCCAGCCAAACACCAGUCUUGAAUGGAAUUAAAGGGCAACUAUACCCUGCAAAAUAUAUAUUUUUUUAUUUUCUUCCCCAGACCUCAAAAGUGGUUUCCUGAUGUGGUUUGAGCGUAGUUAUGGACUUAGAACAUCCAAUUUGUGAUUUUGGGAAAGAAAACUGGGUGAAAUCUGAAACCUGGAAAAACAGAUUGUUGUUUUUGGUGGUGUUACUAUAAAUAUGUAUUGGCUGGUACGAAUUCUGAGUGGCUAGUAGAUAUUUUAAUUUAGCCGCCACAGUGGCGGGUGGAUCAAAAAGUUAAGUUUUUAUGGCCUGUUCAUAAACCAUGUCGCCGGUCGUUCCAAAACCACUCACAGGAAUUUGUUUACACCUUGUUAAGUCAUGUUACCUCAUUAGCUAGCUAGCUAGCUAACAACAUGGUUACUUUUGGGGGUACAGAGAGAAAGGAAAAGGGAUAGCUUCUUUAGAAGAUCAACGUUCAAGAUCAACGUUCAAUGACUCAUCUCUUGGCUCAUAGUCACUCACAGACGUGAUGCUCUUAAAGAGACAGUGUAGAAUUGUCAAUGUAAAUCGUCUCAACAGGUAGUGCUAUUACUCAAUGUAGAAACCUCAUACUCCACAAAUUACUUUGUAAUUUCAAUGACAGGUUUUUGUAUCAACGUUUUAGCUUUUUACAGGGUUAAAUAUUAGUUUCUAGAGCUCAACAUGUGCUUUAAAAGUAGCUAGAAUUCAUAUAGGCCCAAUAUGCUAUAUCUCAAUCAAUUAAAACAAAAUAUAUCUUAUGGCGCUCCUAGAUUUUUAUGUUGUGCUCCUAACUUUUUGAAGUUGGGAGCACCAGUGCUACCAAUUUUGUAUUUAUUUAUUUAGAGCUCUGGACAUCAGCCAGUAGCCACGCUAUCUUACCUGCAGUCAUCAGAAUACUGCACUGGGAAUCCAGGAUCCUCUCACACAGAGACUCAGAGGAGAAGCCUGCAAACUGAACCCACACACACACCACAGCAGGUCAGCUCUGUGAGGUUGUAUAACAGCGCGAGAAGCCAACAUCUAUUGGAGUCGUUUAACAGAACACAUUGUGACUGAUUGCUAUUGCUGAAUCAACAUUUGUUCAAUAUAUAAAAUAGGUAUUUGAUGUUAGCGUUAGCCUGGUCCCCUGAUCUGCUUUAGCCAAGGCUCACAGUUUCAACAUGUACUGUAGGCCUGCUCCUUUUCAAAUCAAAUCUAAUUUUAUUGGCCACAUGCGCCGAAUACAACAGGUGUAGACAUUACAGUGAAAUGCUUUACUUACAAGCCCUUAACCAACAAUGCAUUUAUUUAUUUUAAUAAAAAAGUAAAGUAAAACAACAAAAAAGUUUUGAGAAAAAAAGAGCAGAAGUAAAAUAAAAUAACAGUAGGGAGGCUAUAUAUACAGGGGGGUACCGGUGCAGAGUCAAUGUGCGGGGGCACCGGCUAGUUGAGAUAAUUGAAGUAAUAUGUACAUGUGGGUAGAGUUAAAGUGACUAUGCAUAAAUAAUUAACAGAGUAGCAGCAGCGUAAAAGGAUGGGGUGGGGGGGGGGGGCAGUGCAAAUAGUCCGGGUAGCCAUGAUUAGCUGUUCAGGAGUCUUAUGGCUUGGGGGUAGAAGCUGUUGAGAAGCCUAGAAGAUGGGGUAGGGGUGGGCACUUCUGCAUUAGACACGGCUAAUAGAUCACAGAGACGCAAACUACUCAGUUUAGCAUUUAAAAGUGUCUUCCUACCUCUCAACGUGAUCAUAGCAUUUUAUAUGAAAUAAGUUUAGGAUGUGAUGGACUCUGGACCCCAUUCGUUUUAACAACGCUCAGCAAAAUGGCAUUGAAAAUACAAAAGCACAUCUAACUUUAAAUUUGCCUUGUGUCAAACUAAACGAGAAAUUAUGCUACACCAGAAUAGAAGCGGUGACACUGCAAAAAAACCAAACAAUCAAACACUGCCAACAAUCUCUGUCAUUCUUAUUGAAUGUCCCAUUCAUGAUGCAUGAAACAUUACACAGCUCAUAGAACAAUGAUGCAGCAGGAAUGUGGUCACUUAUAUUUAAGUGGGUCAAAUAUAGCCCUGCAUUCUUUAUAAAAAAAAUUAACCUUGGGACAAACAAGACAUGGGGUAUUUUUAAACUGCAUACGCUAUAACCUCUACUCGAGACGCAAGGUUAUGACUGAAAUAGUGUCUGGGCUCAGCUUGCUGGUGGAAAUUACUAUACAUGUAUGCUAUGAUCCCAAAUCGCAUGCUGACAGUUAUAGUGUGAAUGAGAAGGACCUGGAUUCUCUGUGAGGAACAGCUAUGAGACUGACCCCCCCCGUCCCCCGUCCGCAUCCCAAACGGCACCCUAUUCCCUUCAUAGUGAACCAGAGCCUCUGUAGUAGUGCACUAUGAAGGGAAUGGUGUUCCGUUAGGGACACAGAUGCAGGUGCUAUCCCAACUGGUAUUCACACGCUACUGAACAGCUGAUAACUCUGCAAGGCAAGGUCAGACAGAACCGACAGGGGCAAGUAUGACCCCGUUCUCUCCAGAAGAAACACUAACAUAAGCACUGUACCUUAACGUCAGUCAGUACAGUCAGGUCACAGAAAAUAAAAACUGAAAAUUACAAUAUGGAACAUCUACACACCUUAAGACUGCAUUAGCUAGCUGAGCUAAAGCCUACAGGCAGUAGAUCAGGGAGCUAACACAAGUCUUCAGGUCAAGUCUCAGGCAAGGUUCCUCAUCAUGAGAGCCAGUGGAUGAUCAAACCACCUCCACUAAACUUUAAAGCAGGGAUUGACAUUGAAGUCUGAAAAGGCACUUGACCGUCGGGCAAGUCAGGAGUAUUUUUUGGUUUGCCCGAAGAUUAUGAUCACUGAAAAUGUAAAUGAGCUAUUUACACUCAGAAGGGCCUUUCACCUACACAUAGGGGAGGAAUCGGAAAGAUCACUACUGGAAUUCUUUGUAUUUUGGUUGUUAUCAGUAAAAAAAAACAUCUCAGAGCAGGCUCAACUUGCCUGACUGUCAUAAAUGGUCUGUCUUUCACUUAAACAAUGAGGAGGAACCAUGAUUCACUUAAACAAUGAGGAGGAGGAACCAUGAUUCACUUAAACAAUGAGGAGGAACCAUGAUUCACUUAAACAGUGAGGAGGAACCAUGAUUCACUUAAACAAUGAGGAGGAACCAUGAUUCACUUAAACAGUGAGGAGGAACCAUGAAUAUCAGUUUUAGGCUACUGGAAUUCUUUCCAGUUUGGGUGUUGUCACUAUAAACACCUGCCCAAUGGGAGAGCAGGGCCACUAUAAUCACCUGCCCAAUGAGAGAGCAGGGCCACUAUAAUCACCUGCCCAAUGGGAGAGCAGGGCCACUAUAAUCACCUGCCCAAUGGGAGAGCAGGGCCACUAUAAUCACCUGCCCAAUGGGAGAGCAGGGCCACUAUAAUCACCUGCCCAAUGGGAGAGCAGGGCCACUAUAAUCACCUGCCCAAUGGGAGAGCAGGGCCACUAUAAUCACCUGCCCAAUGGGAGAGCAGGGCCACUAUAAUCACCUGCCCAAUGGGAGAGCAGGGCCACUAUAAUCACCUGCCCAAUGAGAGAGCAGGGCCACUAUAAUCACCUGCCCAAUGGGAGAGCAGGGCCACUAUAAUCACCUGCCCAAUGAGAGAGCAGGGCCACUAUAAUCACCUGCCCAAUGGGAGAGCAGGGCCACUAUAAUCACCUGCCCAAUGAGAGAGCAGGGCCACUAUAAUCACCUGCCCAAUGGGAGAGCAGGGCCACUAUAAUCACCUGCCCAAUGGGAGAGCAGGGCCACUAUAAUCACCUGCCCAAUGGGAGAGCAGGGCCACUAUAAUCACCUGCCCAAUGGGAGAGCAGGGCCACUAUAAUCACCUGCCCAAUGAGAGAGCAGGGCCACUAUAAUCACCUGCCCAAUGGGAGAGCAGGGCCACUAUAAUCACCUGCCCAAUGAGAGAGCAGGGCCACUAUAAUCACCUGCCCAAUGGGAGAGCAGGGCCACUAUAAUCACCUGCCCAAUGAGAGAGCAGGGCCACUAUAAUCACCUGCCCAAUGAGAGAGCAGGGCCACUAUAAUCACCUCCCCAAUGGGAGAGCAGGGCCACUAUAAUCACCUGCCCAAUGAGAGAGCAGGGCCACUAUAAUCACCUGCCCAAUGGGAGAGCAGGGCCACUAUAAUCACCUGCCCAAUGGGAGAGCAGGGCCACUAUAAUCACCUGCCCAAUGGGAGAGCAGGGCCACUAUAAUCACCUGCCCAAUGGGAGAGCAGGGCCACUAUAAUCACCUGCCCAAUGGGAGAGCAGGGCCACUAUAAUCACCUGCCCAAUGGGAGAGCAGGGCCACUAUAAUCACCUGCCCAAUGGGAGAGCAGGGCAAGCUCAACUAGCACGACUGCUCAGUUCACUUGUGUAACGGGAAUAUUUCAGAUGAAGAAAGUUCAUAUUCAGUUUAGGGUGAUUAACACAAUGUUUAGCAUAUAUAUAUAUAUAUAUUUUGCCUUUUUGUAAUACAUAUGAUUUCCAGUGUUGUUUGUAACACUGGUUGAUGGUCACUAGACUAGAGACUAUGUUCUGGAUUAAACUCAUAUCUGUUGAUAGGGAUUGAAGCCAGUCACCGAUUGUUAUUGCAGUCUGUAAAACACUGAGUUUCUACAAGUCUCUCAGGCUGGUUUUUGCAGAACAGUUGUCUGCUGAUUAGGAUAUAAGGGCCUUCUCAGAAAAGGCCAGUUAGACAUUUUCUCUGCUUCUGUGCUGGAGGUGUCUCCCUGUUGCAACUUGGAAUAAACCAGAUUGAUUUAUGAUUGACUUAAUCUGUGACUGGUCUUCUCUUUCGUUCACCUGGAAUUCCUAUUACAACUUUCCCCGGGCAAUAGGGCAACCCUUAAUGUCAAUCCCUGCACUGACCACGAUGGAGUGGACAGCUCCUAUCCUGGCGCAGGCCAGCAUGGUGUAGACCAGCUCAGGUAGAUGGCCACCCUGUCUCCCUUCCUCACUCCUGUAACACACGCCAGAAGACAAAAUGGUAGAGGAUUUAUAUACAGCACCAGUCAAACGUUUGGACACACUCAUUCCAGGGUUUUUCUUAAUUUUUUUUACUAUUUUCAACACUGUAGAAUAAUAGUGAAGACAUCAAAACUAUGAAAUAACACAUAUGGAAUCAUGUAGUAACCAAAAAAGUGUUAAACAAAUGAAAAUAUAUUUGAGAUUUGAGAUUCUUUGCCUUGAUGGCAGCUUUGCACACUCUUGGCAUUUUUUCAACCUGCUUCACCUGGAAUGCUUUUCCAACAAUCUUGAAGGAGUUCCCACAUAUGCUGAGCACUUGUUGGCUGCUUUUCCUUCACUCUGUGGUCCAACUCAUCCCAAACCAUCUCAAUUGGGUUGAGGUCGGGUGAUUGUGGAGGCCAGGUCAUCUGAUGCAACAGGUGUGUUGGGUCAUUGUCCUGUUGAAAAACAAAUGAUAGUCCCACUAAGCCCAAACCAGAUGGGAUGGCGUAUCGCUGCAGAAUGCUGUGGUAGCCAUGCUGGUUAAGUAAAUAAAUCACAGACAGUGUCAACCAGCAAAGCACCCCCACACCAUAACACCUCAUCCUCCAUGCUUUACGGUGGGAAUUACACAUGCGAUUGGAACCCGAAAUCUCCAAUUUGGACUCCAGACCAAAGAACAAAUUUCCACCAGUCUAAUGUCCAUUGCUCGUGUUUCUUGGCCCAAUCAUGUCCCUUCUUCUUAGUAGUGGUUUCUUUGCAGCAAUUCGACCAUGAAGGCCUGAUUCACGCAGUCUCCUCUGAACAGUUGAUGUUGAGAUGUGUCUGUUACUUGAACUCUGUGAAGCAUUUAUUUGGGCUGCAAUUUCUGAGGCUGGUAACUCUAAUGAACUUAUCCUCUGCAGCAGAGGUAACUCUGGGUCUUCCAUUCCUGUGGCGAUCCUCAUGAGAGCCAGUUUCAUCAUAGCGCUUGAUGGUGUUUGCGACUGCACUUGAAUAAACUUUCAAAGUUCUUGAAAUGUUCCGUAUUGACUGACCUUCAUGUCUUAAAGUAAUGAUGGACUGUCGUUUCUCUUUGCUUAUUUGAGCUGUUCUUGCCAUAAUAUGGACUUGGUAUUUUACGAAAUAGGGCUAUCUUCUGUAUACCACCCCUACCUUGUCACAACACAACUGAUUGGCUUAAAUGCAUUAAGAAGGAAAGAAAUUCCACAAAUGAACUUUUAAGAAGGCACACCUGUUGAUUGAAAUGCAUUCCAGGUGACUACCUCAUGAAGCUGGUUGAGAGAAUGCCAAGAGUGUCCAAAGCUGUCAUCAAGGCAAAGGGAGCUAUUUGAAGAAUCUCAAAUAUAAAAAUAUAUUUUGAUUUGUUUAACACUUUUUUGGUUACUACAUGAUUCCAUAUGUGUUAUUUCAUAGUUUUGAUGUCUUCACUAUUAUUCUACAAUGUAGAAAAUAGUAAAAGUAAAGAGAAACCCUUGAAUGAGUAGCUGUGUCCAAACUUUUGAGCGGUAGUGUAUAUAAAUGAUAUACAUAUAUAUAUAUAUAUAUAUAUAUAUAUAUAUAGGUCGCAGUUGUAAAUGAGAACCUGUUCUCAACUGGCUUACCUGGUUAAAUAAAGGUUAAAUAAAUAUAUAUAAAUAUAUAUACACUACCGUUCAAAAGUUUGGGGUCGCUUAGAAAUGUCCUUGUUUUUGAAAGAAAAGCAAAUUUUUGGUCCAUUAAAAUAACAUCAAAUUGAUCAGAAAUACAGUGUAGACAUUGUUAAUGUUCUAAAUGGCUAUUGUAGCUGGAAACGGCAGAUUUUUUAUGGAAUAUCUACAUAGACGUACAGAGGCCCAUUAUCAGCAACCAUCAGUCCUGUGUUCCAAUGGCACGUUGUGUUUGCUAAUCCAAGUUUCUCAUUUUAAAAGGCUAAUUGAUCAUUAGAAAACCCUUUUGCAAUUAUGUUAGCACAGCUGAAAACUGUUGUGCUGAUUAAAGAAGCAAUAAAACUGGCCUUCUUGAGACUAGUUGAGUAUCUGGAGCAUCAGCAAUUGUGGGUUCGAUUACAGGCUCAAAAUGGCCAGAAACAAAGAACUUUGUUCUGAAACUCGUCAGUCUAUUCUUGUUCUGAGAAAUGAAGGCUAUUCCACGCGAGAAAUUGCCAAGAAACUAAAGAUCUCAUACAACGCUGUGUACUACUCCCUUCACAGAACAGCGCAAACUGGCUCUAACCAGAAUAGAAAGAGGAGUGGGAGGCCCCGGUGCACAACUGAGCAAGAGGACAAAUACAUUAGAGUGUCUAAUAUACAGUGAAGAGGCGAUUCCGGGAUGCUGACCUUCUAGGCAGAGUUGCAAAGAAAAAGUCAUAUCUCAGACUGGCCAAUAAAAAGAAAAGAUUAAGAUGGGCAGUCUGAGAUAUGGCUUUUUCUUUGCAACUCUGCCUAGAAGGUCAGCAUCCCGGGGUCGCCUCUUCACUGUUGACGUUGAGACUGGUGUUUUGCGGGUACUAUUUAAUGAAGCUGCCAGUUGAGGACCUGUGAGGCGCCUGUUUCUCAUAUAGCCAUUUACACCAUGAACAAUGUCUACACGGUAUUUCUGAUCAAUUUAAUGUUAUUUUAAUGGACAAAAAAAUAGCUUUUCUUUCAAAAACAAGGACAUUUCUAAGUGACCCCAAACUUUUGAACCGUAGUGUAUAUAUAAGGUAUUUAGCUGUAUAUGAUCACAUUAAGUUAAAGGGCAAUGUUGUGCUGGUGCUGGUUGUGACAGGGAAGCUGAGUAUUUAAAACAUGUCAAAAGAAAAAGGUGGCACCAUUAUGAAUGUUAUUCAGAGUAGUAGUAAAUUGGGGAAAGUGGAAGCUAGCAACACUGAGGCGUACCGCCUUACCCAUCUGCUUUAGAACGUUGGAACACCUGCACACCAUGUCUCAGCAGCUGGCUGUAGGUGAUGGCCACGUGGUGAUCCGGUGAGUUCCCCUCCCUGGAGAACAGACAUUAAACAUCAAGCCUUUUAUCAUCCGAGUCAACAACAGGGUGGCAGGUAGCUUAGUGGGUAAGAGUGUUGUGCCAGUAACCGAAAGGUCGCUGGUUCUAAUCCACGAGCCGACUAGGUGAAAAAUCUGUCGAUGUGCCCUUAAGCAAGGCACUUAACCCUAAUUGCUCAUGUAAGUCGCUCUGGAUAAGAGCGUCUGCUAAAUGACUAAAAUGUAAAAUGUAAAUGUAUGUGGUCAUUCAUCAAAGUUGGCUACGGCUGAAAAGGAACCCUAUAUUGUGCCAUUUGGGACUAACCUUCAAGUGCCAUUACGUUCAAAUCCAGACAUUGUUUUUUAUUAAACUUUCCAAUGAUUUAACCGAUUUCCCCUCAGCCCUCACCCACUUACACCCUGUUGCGUUAUGUUAAAACACAACUUCUGUCAUUUCAAUCCAAAAUGUAGCAAAACAUCCUGUGGUUUCCUCAGAUAGAUCGAUAGAUAGAUAGGAUGUUCCUUUAGCAGCUCGUUCGGUCUAUAUUAGGUUUGAUUGCCUGUCAGAUGCUUUUUUGGUUAUGCAGCACACUGUUGCACAAGUCUGUCUCAACUCCCAAGCCACCCAGUCACCAUGACAGUCUGCCUGGAUAAAGCUUGGAUCUGACCCCACCUGUUGUACCGCCGUUAAUCUGAUCAGCCAGUUAGUGGAUGCAAUGCGCACGACGAAGAGACGUGGCUGACUCCAUUACCUAGUAUGGCAUUAAUAACUGUAAUAGCAAUUUUGAAUAUCAUAAUAUAAUAUAAUAAUAUUAUGCCAUUUAGCAGACGCUUUUAUCCAAAGCGACUUACAGUCAUGUGUGCAUACAUUUUUACGUAUGGGUGGUCCCGGGGAUCGAACCCACUACCCUGGCGUUACAAGCGCCAUGCUCUACCAAUUGAGCUACAGAGAACCACAUCAUAACUUCAAUAUCGUAGAUAUCCAGAUAAUGCAGCGAUCAAGAGCAGACCAAUGACUGUGAGCAGGCCAGGCAGACUAGGCCUCCGUCUGGCUGCAUGCUGAAGAGACAGAUAUUACCGUCUCAGGCAUUCACAAAACCUUACAGUUACAGCUAACCUUACAGAAUAUUACAGCUCUCUGGAUAACGCAAUGAUUGAGAACAGGCCAGUGACAGUAUCAAGGCAGUGUCUCAUUCCCUUAACAAGAGUCGCACCUGGCAGUGUUGUAAUAAUAAUAAUAAUAAUAAUAAUAUGCCAUUUAGCAGACGUUUUUAUCCAAAGCGACUUACAGUCAUGUGCGCAUACAUUUUUACGUACGGGUGGUCCCGGGGAUCGAACCCACUACCCUUGUAACGCCAGUGGUCUGAUGACAGGCUGGUGACCAGACAUACAUUUUACAUUUACAUUUUAGUCAUGGAGCAAUUAGGGUUAAGUGCCUUGCUCAAGGGCACAGACAGAUUUUUUUUCCCCUAGUCGGCUUGGGGAUUAGAACCAGCGACCUUUCGGUUACUGGCACAACGCUCUUAACCACUAAGCUACCUGCCGCAUAGUGUGUCUAAUCUAAGACCUGCAGGUAUGACAAUCUCAUCAUAACUCACACAGCCAUAUUCUGGCGUUACUAUGUCAUUGCAUGUGAGUGAUUUCCAAGAAUUACACAAUUUCUUCUAUCACAUGUGAAACCCCUUGUCGAUGGGUAAUGUGAAAGCUCUACCCAGAUAAAGGGUGGAUGCUGUUGCUACUAUGUCAUCUAAUGUGUCACUCAUCAUUAUUCACGAUUCAUUCAGGACUAUCCAUAAUCAUGGUAGCAUCCACAUUAAUGUAGAAGUGUUUAGAAACAUAUUAUAUUCUGAUUUACAAUAGAAAAGUGACAAUACGUUAUUUACCAUUCAUUUCUAUUGGGCACAAAAUAAUCUGAAACACAACCAAAACAAACAGCAAAUGCAUUUAACAAGUUUGUAGAGUCACAAGCUUGAUGUAAUUAUUGCGCGUUUUUUGUGUGUGUUUUUUGUCAUUUAGCAGACGCUCUUAUCCAGAGCGACUUACAGGAGCAAUUAGGGUUAAGUGCCUUGCUCAAGAACACGUCAACAGAUUUUUCACCUAGUCAGCUCGGGGAUUAGAACCAGCGACCUUUCGGUUACUGGCACAACGCUCUUAACCACUAAGCUACGUCCCGCGUGUGUGAUGAGGUGUGAAUGACGGAGUCAGGCACAGGAGGUAAAACACCGAAAUCCAGAGUUUAUUCAGUGUACAUGAAUAAAGCGCAGCAAGCGUCAAAACGAAACUAGCACAAGGGAAAAUCCACCUUGGCUACAUACAUGGAAAGAGUAGCUCAACCGAGUUACUCACUCUCACAAUGAACAAUCACUCUCAAAGGACAAGGGAACACAUAUACACAGACUAAUGAGGGAAUGAGUACCAGGUGUGUGUGAUUGACAAGACAAGACAAGACUAGUGGAGUGAUGAUAAAUGGAGCGGCAGUGGUUAGUAAGCCGGUGACGACGAACGCCGAAACCUGCCCGAGCAAGGAGGGGCAACCUCGGCUGAAUUCGUGACAGCGCGCUAGGAAUAUGGGACUUUUGGUCCCCUAAAAUGGGGAGACUAUGUACAAAAAGUGCUGUAAUUGCUAAACGAUGAAACUACCCUCAAAUUAAAGUCUGCACUUUAACCUCGUAGUCAUUUUAUCAUUUCAAAUCCAAAGUGCUGGAGUACAGAGCCAAAACAACAACAAAAAUGUUCCUGUCCCAAUACUGUUGGAGCUGGAUGUGUCAGUCGAUCUAGUGUUGUGUACAGUUAAAACACCUUAUCUCUUGACUCUGAAACCCUCAAGGUGUUGGGUGCUAGUUUCCCGUUGGUCUCAGUAUACAUGACCCUAAACCCCCCCCCCCCCAUCUGAGCCCUGGCUCUCUGAGAAACAGGUAUUUCUUGUCUGAGAAGUUCAAUCUUCACACUUUGACAAAGUACAUUUUUGCUCAUGUAUGAAAUGAAAAAGCUCAAAAUCGUCUACAGUAGACCCAUUCAGUACACACAUAGCAAGCUAGGGUGUUGCUGUAGAAACGGAUUAGACAGUGGUACUGUGCUGUCUAGAGGACUUGCUCUCCCGUACUGGGGGGCGCACCGGGGGGGACGUGGAUGCUUCAAAUAGCUAUGCUACAAACAGUGCCUCAAAUACAGGCUGCAUUAUUUUUCACUGACUUUACUGUUUUAUUCUAAACAAGUCAGAAAGAGUCAAAUGCAACUUGUGGUCUUUUCUUACCAGUAGAAUGCCACUUCGUUCACCACGAUUCUUAUCCUUCACGUUCCUGUCCAGGACGUCGUAACACAUGUUGGUUUUGGCCCCCUCCAUGCAUCUGACAUAAAUAUUCCCUUUGGUUACAUCAAAGUUAUACUGCAGAAUGUGUCCCCGUCGGAGGCUUCUUCCAAUAGAAGUCACUAGCAACCUCUUUCCAGAAUACUGGCAAGAAUACAGCAAGAAAAAAAGGACAUACAUUAACAUUUACAUUUUUAGUCAUUUAGCAGACGCUCUUCUCCAGAGCGACUUACAGUUAGUGAGUGCAUACAUUAUCAUACAAACGUUGUUUAGAGACAGACAGACAGACCGACAGACAGACAGACAGACAGACCGACAGACAGACAGACAGACAGACAGACAGACAGACAGACACACACACAAUUAAUAUAAUAAUAUAUUGCAUGAGUCAUGAGCACAGGACAUACCAACACAAAGCUUCAGUUAUUCUGCAAGCAACAAGCACACAUGCCACAAGGCCUUCGUAACCUACCUUCCGGCUCCUCAAUAGACUUCCUGUAAAGUUCCAGAUAACAGUUGAAGUCAGGCACAUGAGCGUCCUUCUGCAAACCCUCUGGAGGAUGGUAAAUAUUGUCCUCUAUGUGUUGAGAGCCAGGGACCACCAUUGUUGCUUGACUGGAGAGAAAGAGAGAAAUAGGUAAAUCCACUGAUCUGAUCUGUCUACCAUCCAAGGCUAGAAGAGGGGGACUAGAGGUGAUGCCGGACACAGACAGCUGCAGAAAGCUUCAGGCAUUGGAGCGGUACAUUGUGCCUAUGCUCUGGCCACACCCCUAAUCCCAGAUUUGGUGUCCCUUCCGCAGCCUGCUUGGUGCCAAGGGAGCCAAUCAAAACGCUCAACAUGGCACUCCCACCUUUUUCAUUGGCUGUUGAUCACAUUAUUUUCAGAGAUAUUCUGUAUGAGGGGGAAUGCAUCGGUAGGCUGGGUGAAUGCUGGAAGAACAGCUACAACCGGCAGUUACUUUUCGUAGCAGGUUAGGAGAGUAUUUUAGCUAACCCUAACCUUAACCUAAGUCUCCUAACCUGCCACGUUAAUUCUCCUAACCUGCUAUGAAAACGUAACUUCCGGUCGUAGGUGUACUUCCUUUAGUCAGAACCAUGAAUGCUAGGCUGAGCGACAGAUGGACCGGCAGGCAGGGAGUCAGACAGAAUGACAGACAGGCAGGCAGUCAGACAGUACAGACAGACAGAGAGACAGUACAGACAAAGAGACAGUACAGACAGAGAGACAGUACAGACAGUCCAGACAGACAGACAGUACAGACAGUACAGUCAGACAGUACAGACAGAGAGACAGUCCAGACAGACAGACAGUACAGACAGUACAGUCAGACAGUACAGACAGUACAGACAGAGAGACAGUACAGACAGAGAGACAGUACAGACAGUCCAGACAGACAGACAGUACAGACAGUACAGUCAGACAGUACAGACAGAGAGACAGUACAGACAGUACAGUCAGACAGUACAGACAGAGAGACAGACAGUACGACAGUCAGACAGUACAGACAGUACGACAGUCAGACAGCACAGACAGACAGUCCGACAGUACAGAGAGACAGUCAGACAGAGUGACAGUUAGUCAUUAAAGAUUACUAUGGAAUGCCGUUUUAACAUACAGUCCCAGUCAAAGGUUUGGACACACCUACUCAUUCAAGGGUUUUGCUUUAUUUUUACUAUUUUCUACAUUGUAGAAUAAUAGUGAAGACAUCAAAACUAUGAAAUAACACAAUGAAGUGUUAAACAAAUCAAAAUAUAUUUUAUAUUUGAGAUUCUUCAAAGUAGCCACCCUUUGCCUUGAUGAAAGCUUUGCACACUCUUGGCAUUCUCUCAACCAGCUUCAUCAGGAAUGCUUUUCCAACAGUCUUGAAGGAGUUCCCACACAUGCUGAGCACUUGUUGGCUGCUUUUCCUUCACUCUGCGGUCCAACUCAUCCCAAAAUCUCAAUUGGGUUGGGUUGAGGUCGGGUGAUUGUGGAGGCCAGGUUAUCUGAUGCAGCACUCCAUCACUCUCCUUCUUGGUCAAAUAGCCCUUACACAGCCUGGAGGUGUGUUGGGUCAUUGUCCUGUUGAAAAACAAAUGAUAGUCCCACUAAGCCCUAACCAGAUGGGAUGGCGUAUCGCUGCAGAAUGCUGUGGUAGCCAUGCUGGUUAAGUGUGCCUUGAAUUCUAAAUAAAUCACAGACAGUAUCACCAGCAAAGCACCCCCACACCAUCACACCUCCUCCUCCAUGCUUCCCCGUGGGAACCACACAUGCGCAGAUCAUCCGUUCACCUACUCUGCGUCUCACAAAGACACGGCGGUUGGAACCAAAAAUCUCAAAUUUGGACUUAUCAGACCAAAGGACAGAUUUCUUGGCCCAAGCAAGUCUCUUCUUCUUAUUGGUGUCCUUUAGUAGUGGUUUCUUUGCAGCAAUUCGACCAUGAAGGCCUGAUUCACACAGUUUCCUCUGAACAGUUGAUGUUGAGAUGUGUCUGUUACUUGAACUCUGUGAAGCAUUUAUUUGGACUGCAAUUUCUGAGGUGCAGUUAACUCUAAUGAACUUAUCCUCUGCAGCAGAGGUAACUCUGGGUCUUCCUUUCCUGUGGCGGUCCUCCUGAGAGCCAGUUUCAUCAUAGCGCUUGAUGGUUUUUGCGACUGCACUUGAAGAAACUUUCAAAGUUCUUGAAAUGUUCCGGAUUGACUGACCUUCAUGUCUUAAAGUAAUGAUGGACUGUCGUUUCUCUUUGCUUAUUUGAGCUGUUCUUGCCAUAAUAUGGACUUGGUCAUUUACCAAAUAGGGCUAUCUUCUGUAUACCACCCCUACCUUGUCACAACACAAAGGAUUGGCUCAAAUGCAUUAAGAAGGAAAUACAUUCCACAAAUUAACUUUUAACAAGGCUCACCUGUUAAUUGAAAUGCAUUCCAGGUGACUACCUCAUGAGGCUGAUUGAGAUAAUGCCAAGAGUGUGCAAAGCUGUCACCAAGGAAAGGGUGGCUACUUUGAAGAAUCUCAAAUAUAAAAUAUAUUUUGAUUUGUUUAACGCUUUUUUGGUCACUACAUGAUUCCAUAUGUGUUAUUUCAUAGUUUUGAUGUCUUCACUAUUAUUCUACAAUGUAGAAAAUAGUAAAAAUAAAAGAAUCCUCUCAGGAUCCCUCACCCUUGACCCUUGACCCUUGACCCAUCCCUCUCUACUUUCUCCACUGCCUCAACGACACCUUCUGCACUGCUCUGACUCUGGCCACCUCAACCUGCCUCUCUCGCACCGGACACUUCCAAUCCCCAGCAACAUGGGCACCCCUACAGUUGACACACACAACUUUAUCCACCGAAACUACACAAUCCUCUAUCCCAUGCCCUCCUGCACACUUCCCACAUCUUGGAAUCUCCCUCCUACAAACUGCUGCAACAUGACCAUAAACUUUGCACCUGAAACACCGGCAAUGGAUUCGGCACAAAAGCUCUAACAGGAUAACUGAUAUAUCCUAACUUGACUUUGUCAGGUAAUGACUCUGACUCAAAAUGCAAAAGGACUGACAGUGACUCCUCUGUUUCACCACGCUCACCACCAGGUCUGCCUCGCACCAAACAGCGGGCAUCACAAACACCAGGAAUCUACAACUUCAAUUGGUCCACCUCAACACUUAACGCUACCCCUGAAAUCCCUCCUUUCAAUGGCGCCCUAUUCCUAAGUGCAAACCAAGAAAGUUGAGUGACAAGGAGCGCCCGCUCCUCUGGUCAGAAGAAACACAAACAAAUAUCACAAAUCCAAUACAGGUUACCUUCCCUGAUUCAACUGCACCCAACUCCUUUCCCACCCACCAUGAAACAACAAAUGGAUCCCCCAAAAGGCAAGGAUCCACUUUCUCCAAAAAUGUCACUCCUACUGGACCAGAUUCUUCUUUAUCAUGUCCAUUGAUGCCAGGCUCGGGCUCCGAGCUCUUCACCACACCUUCCACCUCACUUAACUCACCCUCAUCCACUUCCAUUUCACCUCCAGAACUCGGUCUGGCGCAUGGAUCAAUCUGCACUAGACACCAAUCUUCUUCGACAUCCCAUCUCCAUUUUUCAUCUCCAUAUUCCUCAAAUUAGACUUCAACCGCUUUCCUCAUUCUCUUGGACCUCUUCUUCCUCCUCAGAAACCAGAAACCUUUCUGUGUCCCUGUCCCAAUAUUCCUGUUCGCCCAACAUCGCUUCCUCAUAACCAGUUUCUCCUUCCUUCGCCAUUGCUCAACUUCGAAGUUCAUCAGUGGCGUGUAUUCAUGGAUGCCAAAGGAAGCCCUUUCCUAAAUUAGCCAUGGAUGGAGAUAGGGAUUUGGACUUGUGGUUUAACUUAAUUCUCCGUACUGGCCAAUGAUUAUAACGGUGAUUCUGAUCCAACCAUUAAUUCAUACAUUGUUGUGCCCCUGACCUGAGAGGAUGGAAGUUCAAUAUGUAGCUAGAUGUAGAAGUUAUGCUAAUGUUAACUAGCUAACGUUGCCCAUGAAUGGAAGUUAGGCUAGUGAGGAAGCAUUUUAGCCAGGUAGCCUAGGACAACAAAAAAUAACAGCGUGUACUUUAUGACAGAGUGAUAGACCGUUUCAUCAACAUGAAAGAGAGGAGGAUGGCGUUGGCGUUUCUCUGCAAGUAGGGUGAGUCAACAUGUUUCUUCUACUUGCAUGAACGCACACACACAGAAAUCAGAACCAUGAUUUUCCCAUGAUGUCAAGCAAAGAGGCACUGAUUUUGAAGGUAGGCCUUGAAAUACAUCCAGAGGUACACCUCCAAUUGACUCAAAUGAUGUCAAUUAGCCUUAUCAGAAGCUUCUAAAGCCAUGACAUCAUUUUCUGGAAUCCUUGGAAGCGAUUUCCAAAUGCCUGAAGGUACCACGUUCAUCUGCACAAACAAUAGUAUGCAUGUAUAAACACCAUGGGACCACGCAGCCGUCAUACCGCCCAGGAAGGAGACACGUUCUGUCUCCUAGAGAUGAACGUACUUUGGUGCGAAAAGUGCAAAUCAAUCCCAGAACAACAGCAAAGGACCUUGUGAAGAUGCUGGAAACAGGUACAAAAGUAUCUAUAUCCACAGUAAAACGAGUCCUAUAUCGACAUAACCUGAAAGGCCGGUCAGGAAGGAAGAAGCCACUGCUCCAAAACCGCCAUAAAAAAGCCAGACUACGGUUUGCAACCACAUGGGGACAAAGAUCGUACUUUUUGGAGAAAGGUCCUCUGGUCUGAUGAAACAAAAAUAGAACUGUUUGACCAUAAUGACCAUCGUUAUGUUUGGAGGAAAAAGGGGAAUGCUUGCAAGCCGAAGAACACCACCCCAACCGUGAAGCACGGGAGUGGCAGCAUCAUGCUGUGGGGGUGCUUUUCUGCAGGAGGGACUGGUGCACUUCACAAAAUAGAUUGCAUAAUGAGGAAGGAAAAUGAUGUGGAUAUAUUGAAGCAACAUCUCAAGACAUCAGUCAGGAAGUUAAAGCUUGGUCGCAAAUGGGUCUUCCAAAUGGACAAUCACCCCAAGCAUACUUCCAAAGUUGUGGCAAAAUGGCUUAAGGACAACAAAGUCAAGGAAUUGGAGUGGCCAUCACAAAACCCUGACCUCAAUCCUAUAGAAAAUGUGUGGGCAGAACUGAAAAAGCGUGUGUGAGCAAGGAGGCCUUCAAACCUGACUCAGUUACACCAGCUCUGUCAGGAGGAAUGGGCCAAAAUUCACCCAACUUAUUGUGGGAAGCUUGUGGAAGGCUACCCGAAACGUUUGACCCAAGUUAAACAAUUGAAAGGCAAUGCUACCAAAUGCUAAUUGAGUGUAUGUAAACUUCUGACCCACUGGGAAUGUGAUGAAAUAAAUAAAAGCUUAAAUAAAUCAUUCUCUCUACUAUUAUUCUGACAUUUCACAUUCUUAAAAUAAAGUGGUGAUCCUAACUGACCUAAGACAGGGAAUUUUUACUAGGAUUAAAUGUCAGGAAUUAUGAAAAACUGAGUUUAAAUGUAUUUGGGUAAGAUGUAAACUUCCGACUUCAACUGUAUAUCACGGUCUCGAGGCAUAUGAACGAACAGGUUAUAGAGCAAACAACACAAUUAUCACAACACAUAGGUUAUCAUAUGGCUUUUUUUUCUGGCUUCCCCAGUGAUUUUACCCACGCACCGCUACUGAAGUUCAUACAAAGUUGCCGGAUUACAGCUCCACCUUGCUGACUUCUAGACCUGCUAUCACGUUGUCGAUCCAGCUCCGCGUUCCUUUUCCCAGCGUCGUUCUCCCUCUUCCAAACAGCUCUCCUGUGUCCUGCUCCCAGAGAUCAACCAAGUGCUAUUCACCUGAGGAGAACCAUCCUACUGCAGCAUGAACUAUCCGUCACUAUUUAGACAUUGGGGGCAUUCGGAAAGUAUUCAGACCCCUUUAAUGUUUCCACAUUUUGUUACGUUACAGCCUCAUUUCAAAAAUGUAUUACAUUGAUGAGGAAAAAAACUAUAAUCUACACCCCAGACCCCAUAAUAACAAAGCAAAAACAGGUUUUUAUACAUUUUUGCAAAUGUAUUAAAAAUAAAAAACGGACAUAUCACGUUUACGUAAGUAUUCAGACCCUUUACUCAGUACUUUGUUGAAGCACCUUUGGCAGCGAUUACAGCCUCGUCUUCUUGGGUAUGACUCUACAAGCUUGGCACAGCUGUAUUUGGGGAGUUUCUCCCAUUCUUCUCUGCAGAUCCUCUCAAGCUCUGUCAGGUUGGAUGGGGAGCGUCGCUGCACAGCUAUUUUCAGGUCUCUCCAGAGAUGUUCGAUCAGGUUCAAGUCCGAGCUCUGGCUGGGCCACUCAAGGACAUUCAGAGACUUGUCCCGAAGCCACUCCUGCGUUGUCUUGGCUGUGUGCUUAGGGUCGUUGUCCUGUUGGAAGCUGAACCUUCGCCCAGGACUGAGUGCUCUGGAGCAGGUUUUCAUCAAGGAUCUCUCUGUACUUUGCUACGUUCAUCUUUUCCUUGAUUCUGACUAGUCUCCAAGUCCAUGCCGCUGAAAAACAUCCCCACAGCAUGAUGCUGCCACCACCAUGCUUCACCGUAGGGAUGGUGCCAGGUUUCCUCCAGACGUGACGCUUGGCAUUCAGGCCAAAGAGUUCAAUCUUGGUUUCAUCAAACCAGAGAAUCUUGUUUCUCAUGGUCUAAGAGUCUUUAAGUGCCUUUUGGCAAACUCUAAGUGGGCUGUCAUGGGCCUUUUACUGAGGAGUGGCUUCCGUCUGGCCACUCUACCAUAAAGGCCUGUUCUUGGGGACCUUCAAUGCUGCAGAAAUUUUUUGGUACCCUUCCCCAGAUCUGUGCCUCGACACAAUCAUGUCUCAGAGCUAUACGGACAAUUCCUUCGACCUCAUGGCUUGGUUUUUGCUCUGACAUGCUCUGUCAACUGUGGGACCUUAUAUAGACAAGUGUGUGCCUUUCCAAAUCAUGUCCAAUCAAUUGAAUUUACCACAGGUGGACUCCAAUCAAGUUGUAGAAACAUCUCAAGGAUGAUCAAUGGAAACAGGAUGCACCUGAGCUCAAUUUCGAGUCUCAUAGCAAAGGGUCUGAAUACUUAUGUAAAUAAGGUAUCUGUUUUUUAUUUUUUAUCAAUUUGCAAAAAAUUCUAAAAACCUGUUUUCACUUCGUCAUUAUGGGGUAUUGUGUGUAAAUUGCUGAGGAAAAAAAUUAUAUUUAAUCCAUUUUAGAAUAAGGCUGUAACGUAACAAAAUGUGGAAAAAGUCAAGGGGUCUGAAUACUUUCCGAAGGCACUGUAUGCAUUUGCCUGUUGUCUUUUCGCUGUGGGUUUAGAGUUGAAGAACACCCACUACCGAUACACGUGCUUGUUUGAGCAUCUCGAGGACUAAAUUCAAUGUAGAAUCGGUUCAACAGGUGAUUAUUUUACUAUUGUAAGAUGCAGUGAGGAGAAUUCUAUUGUCCCCGUCAGGAGCUCAGGCUUUUGCCACAGAUGGUAGAGUUCUAGAACCACCCAAGCUUUAGAUUACAUUCUGCACUUGUAACUAACUCUACAUUGGUCAGUUACAUUGGUGACCAGGGUGGGAUCCUUUUCGAUACGCCUAUGGGGUCUGGGCACACAAAUGCUCCUAGAAAGAAGGGGGGAAUACUGAAGCAUGCGUUGAUGACAGUUCUACAGUCUCCAUCAGAGGCCCAGGCUUUUGGCAUAGAUGGUAAAGCUCUCAUAUAUGGACUGCAACAUUGUAAAGAUUGUGCCCUCCACAGCACUUGAUAUACAUUGAUUGGUAGGUUACACUAUAUUUAGAUACUUCACAUACUGCCCGAGACACCUUUGCUAUUUUGUCUCCCUACACAAUAAAUGGUGAAACACUAUUUGUUUUAAUGCAUGAAACUUACAUUAUGGAAAAACGUCUCACACUCAGUCAUAGUUAGUAGAAUAAUUAAUGAAUUUGGCAUCAUCAACUUUUAGAAGAUUAGUAGGAAAGUUCAUCAUUUAAACCACCUAAAUAUACUCACAUUCACUGAACAUUUAGUAUUUGAAAAUAGCCUCCAACACUCAGCAAAUUGGAUGUAGUCUAUCACAGUGCCAUUCGUUUUGUCACCAAAGCCCCAUAUACUAACCACCACUGUGACCUGUACGCUCUUGUUGGCUGGUCCUCACUACAUAUUCGUCACCAAACCCACUGGCUCCAGGCCAUCUAUAAAUCACUGCUAGGCAAAUCCCUGCCUUAUCUUAGCUCAUUGGUCACCAUAGCAACACCCACCCGUAGUAUGCGCUCCAGCAGGUAUAUCUCACUGGUCAUCCCCAAAGCCAACACCUCCUUUGGCCGCCAUUCCUUCCAGUUCUCUGCUGCCAAUGACUGGAACGAACUGCAAAAAUCUCUGAAGCUGGAGACUCUUAUCUCCCUCACUAACUUUAAGCAUCAGUUGUCAGAGCACCUUACCGAUCACUGCACCUGUACACAGCCCAUCUGAAAUUAGCCCACCCAACUACCUCAUCCCCAUAUUGUUAUUUAUUUCGCUAAUUUGCACAUCAUCUUUUGCACAUCUAUCAUUCCAGUGUUAAUACGAAAUUGUAACUAUUUUGCACUAUGGGCUAUUCAUUGCCUUACCUCCAUAAUUUACUACAUUCGCACACACUGUAUAUAUAUCUUCUGUUGUAUUUUUGACUUUAUGUUUUGUUUUACCCCAUAUGUAACUCUGUGUUGUUGUUUUUAUCGCACUGCUUUGCUUUAUCUUGGCCAGGUCGCAGUUGGAAAUGAGAACUUGUUCUCAACUGGCUUACCUGGUUAAAUAAAGGUGAAAUAAAAAAUAAUUUAAAAAAAUGGUCAACGGAAUUACCUCUUCAUACGAUCAAGACAAUUCGUUUUGCAUGCUGCAUAUUUCAAGUGCACUCGAAAACAGAUAUGUAUCUUAUUUCAGUCUUUGGGAGCUAGCUAUAGCUGUGCAUCUUCAUUAGACAGCAGCUCACGUUUUCAAAAUAGGUUGUUGUCCACAUCGUAGAUAGAAGCAGGCCAUUGGCUGCCUUCAUCACUAGGGGUAUGUACGGGAGUUCUGAUUGGUUCCAAGUUUAGCAGUUCAGCAAAUUUGCCUGAGCAGACAGUGUUGAAAUAUACUUUUUUAUGAGAAAAUGUGCACGAAUUGAAGGUGUCAACAAAUGUUACAGUCAUCAUAAGAAUAUUUUACUGUCAUAUACAAACAUUCAGCUCCUCCCUCGACGGAGAUCGAUCAAUUUCAGGUUUUUCGGCUUCGGCCCACCUCCGUCCUAUAUGUUCAAACGGCUUUCCAUAUGAUUAAACACCUGGGGUUACGCCAAUUCUGUUGCAAAACGUUUCUUUAACCGAAACAAACGGAAUGGAACGGGGAGGGGCUCAACUGAAUUUGUCCAAUAGAAACUCUUGUUUUAACUGUUUGCCAUGACCAACCACUGCCUUAUGUCACCAGCUUUUACGACACUCAUAUUGCUGAACAAGGGAGUAUACCGAAAAAUACAGAUGUACAUGCAAAUACUGAAGGUUAAAUCAACCUAAUAAUAAUCAUCUGGGAUUAUUCACAUUAUGGAGAUACAUUUGUACAGAAAUAAAUUGUAAUAAGCGUCACAUUUCUGAUCAUUUUGAUCUGUGGUAGAUUAGUUUUACUUCAGAAGUCAACACGUUACGUAAACCAGACUCUCUCAAUCGAGCGCACCGUUAAUCGAUGUGUUGAUGUCAGCCAUUGCUGUCGUCCAAUAAGUGUUGUAUCAACGGGACGAAACUACGCUGUGAAGAUGUUUUUAAAUUCUGCAAUUCGAUCUGUUGUAUCGCAAACGGUAUGGUUAUAAGAAUGUACUCAUGUUAAGAUAACAUGAUCAGUUAUGAAUCAUUACGUUUUAUGAGAAUUGAAUGAAAUAGGUUGCAUGACACUUGACAAGGGCAAGCGGCCUAGCUAGCUAACGUUAGCUAGUUACAUUGUACGUUAGCUAGCUAGUAACACCAGCCAAUGUUACACUUUCAUUAGAGUAAUGAUUUAGUAAAAUAUGAAUAUGAACAAUAAUGUUGAUUGAACGAUUGUGAAAAUAUCUCUUGUCCUUGUCAGUUAGCUAGCUAAAGCUUCCUGACUGGCUAACUAAGUUAGCUAGCGUAAAGCGCCUUUCAUAGUUUGCUGGCUGGCUAGUUCACAAACAUGCACUGUUCCUUGGCUAAUUAGCUUCAUGGCUACCUUGCAACUUCUUAAUCGUUUUGAAUCACACUGGUCAGAAUUGUCAUUGGUCCUGCAUCCCUCAUACUGCAAAAUUGUCCUGUUGGUAUUGAGGUCUUUAAUAAAUUCGUUUUGGUUGGUAUUCCAUAGAAUCAAACCUUGUGCACACAUUAACAUCCUUUUUUCUUAUUUUCUGUCAAUGUUCCAUGUUCUCAGGCCAGGCAGGUCAGGAGUCUGCACCAGUCUGCUGCCAGAGCUGGAGCUGGCGGCAUCUUUGUGGUGAGUGCUGCUGUGUAAGAUCUGUAACCUCGCUGAUUUCAACAAGACAUUUCACCAGAAAGUUUACAUUUUAGUCAUUUAGCAGACGCUCUUAUCCAGAGCGACUUACAGUUAUUGAGUGCAUACAUUUUUUUUUUUUCUUCAUACUGGUCCCCCCGUAGGAAUCGAACCCACAACCCUGGCGUUGCAAGCGUCAUGCUCUACCAACUGAGCUUAGUCAGAAAGCCUUACUGUACUAUAUCCUUGAUGUGCCUAGCCUCCGAAGCCCAGGCUUCUUACGUACCUACCGAGACGAGAUUUGGAAGUAAGACUAGUCUGGGUUCCUGUCUUUUUAGCUAACAUUCCACUCCUUGCCACUCCUGUCAUUUGCCAAAGAGACUGGCCUUUCGGCAAUCUUAACGUUCAAUAUGCAGACGUAUUUACCGCACAGUUGUUGAUUGCUAGUUGGAAACAACAUUCAUAUUUUCCAUGACAACAUUAUGGAAUAUGGGGUGUGUGCAAAUUUGGCGCAAUAUAGAAUUAGAAUUUUUAAGAACAACAACAAACAAUAUCGCUCUGACCUGCUGCGGUAAUUCCCUUGUGAGAAGGCAGUGUCAAUGCAAGAUCAUGUUGUUCAAUGUGGCUAGAGAGGACUCCGUAAUGAGAGGGAGAAAUCAUGAUACGGAAAAUAUUAGCCUACAAGAUUAAAUCUAGCUACGGUUGCUUCAGUUGCAUCCCAUAAAUGAAAGAAAAGAAGCGGAAAGUGGCACCUGUCGUCAUUCCUCGCACAUACAGUGCCAUUUACUUUUUCCACAUUUUGUUAAAUUACAGCCUGAAUUUAAACAGAUUAAAUUGAGAUUUUUUUGUCACUGGCCUACACACAAUAUCCCAUCAUGUCAAAGUGGAAUUCUGUUUUUAGAUUACGAAAAAAACAAAUUAAUUAAAAAUGAACAGAUGAAAUGUCUUGAGUCAAGUAUUCAACCCCUUUGUUAUGGCAACAAGUCACAUAAUAACUUGCAUGAACUCACUCUGUGUGCAAUAAUGGUGUUUAACAUGAUUUUUGAAUGACUACCUCAUCUCUGUACCCCACACAUACAAUUAUCUGUAAGGUCCCUCAGUCGAGCAGUGAAUUUCAAACACAGAUUCAACCACAAAGACCAGGGAGGUUUUCCAAUGCCUCACAAAGAAGGACAUCUAUUGGUAGAUGGGUAAAAAUAAAAUAAAAAGCAGACAUUGAAUAUCCCUUUGAGCAUGGUGAAGUUAUUAAUUACACUUUGGAUGGUGUAUAAAUACACCCAGUCACUACAAAGAUACAGGCGUCCUUCCUAACUCAGUUGCCGGAGAGGAAGGAAACCGCUCAGGAAUUUCACCAUGAGGCCAAUGGUGACUAAAACAUUUACAGAGUUUAAUGGCUGUGACAGGAGAAAACUGAGGAUGGAUCAACAAAAUUGUAGUUACUCCACAAUACUAACCUAAUUGACAAAGUGAAAAGUAAGCCUUUACAGAACAAAAAUAUUCCAAAACAUGCUUCCUCUUUGCAACAAGGCACUAAAGUAAUACUGCAAAUAAUGUGGCAAAGCAAUUACCUUUUUGUCCUGAAUACAUGUUAUGUUUUGGGGCAAAUCCAAUAGAACACAUUACUGAGUACCACUCUCCAUAUUUUCAAGCAUAGUGGUGGCUGCAUCAUGUUAUGGGUAUGCUUGUAAUCGUUAAGGACUGGGAUGUUUUUCAGGAUGAAAAAUAAACGGAAUGGAGCUAAGCACAGGCAAAAUCCUAGAGGAAAACCUGGUUGUCUGCUUUCCACCAGACACUGGGAGAGGAAUUCACCUUUCAGUAGGAAAAUAACUGAAAACACAAGGCCAAAUCUACACUGGAGUUGCUUACCAAGACAGUGAAUAUUCCUGAGUGUCGAGUUAGUUUUGACUUAAAUAUACAUUAAAAUGUAUAGCAAGAUCUGAAAAUGGUCGUCUAACCAAUCAAGAUCAACAGUCAAUAUGACAGAGCUUGAAAAUUUUGCAAAGAAUAAUGGGCAAAGGUUGUGGAAAGCUCUUAGAGACUUACCCAGAAAGAUCGCUGCCAAAGGUGGUAUAAAGUUGACUCGGGUGUGAAUACUUGUGUAAAUGAGAUACAGUGCAUUUGGAAAGUAUUUCAGACCCCUUCACUCUUUCCACAUUUUGUUACGUUACAGCCUUAUUCUAAAAUGGAUUAAAUACGUUUUCCCCCCUCAUCAAUCUACACACAAUACCCCAUGAUGACAAAGCACAAACAGGUUUUUAGACAUUUUUAGAAAUGUAUUACAAAUAAAAAAGAUACCUUAUUUACAUAAGUAUUCAGACCCUUUGCUAUGAGACUCGAAAUUCUGUUCCGGUGCAUCCUGUUUCCAUUGAUCAUCCUUGAGAUAUUUCUACAACUUGAUUGGAGUCCACCUGUGAUAAAUUCAAUUGAUUGCACAUGAUUUGGAAAGGUACACACCUGUCUAUAUAAGGUCCCACAGUUGACAGUGCAUGUCAGAGCAAAAAACAAGCCUGUGGUCGAAGGAAUUGUCCGUAGAGCUCAGAGACAGGAUUGUGUCGAGGCACAGAUCUGGGGAAGGGCACCAAAAAAUGUCUGCAGCGUUGAAGGUCCCCAAGAUCACAGUGGGCUUCAUCAUUCUUAAAUGGAAGAAGUUUGGAACCACCAAGACUCUUCCAAGACCUGUCCGCCCGGCCAAACAGAGCAAUCGGGGGAGAAGGGCCUUGGUCAGGGAGGUGACCAAGAACCCGAUGGUCACUCUGAGAGCGUUCCAGAGUUCCUCUGUGGAGAUGGGAGAACCUUCCAGAAGGACAACCAUCUCUGCAGCACUCCACCAAUCAGGCCUUUAUGGUGGAGUGGCCAGACAAAACCCACUCCUCAGUAAAAGGCACAUGACAACCCGCUUGGAGUUUGCCAAAAGGCACCUAAAGGACUCUCAGACCAUGAGAAACAAGAUUCUCUGGUCUGAUGAAACCAAGAUUGAACUCUUUGGCCUGAAUGCCAAGCGUCACGUCUGGAGAAAACCUGGCACCAUCCCUAAGGUGAAGCAUGGUGGUGGCGGCAUCAUGCUUUGGGGAUGUUUUUCAGUGGCCGGGACUGGGAGACUAGUCGGGAUCGAGGUAAAGAUGAACGGAGCAAGAUCCUUGAUGAAAAUCUGCUCCAGAGUGCUCAGGACCUCAGACUGGGGCGAAGGUUCACCUUCCAACAGAACAACGACCCUAAGCACACAGCCAAGACAACGCAGGAGUGGCUUCGGGACAAGUCUCUGAAUGUCCUUGAGUGGCCCAGCCAGAGCCCGGACUUGAACCCGAUCUAACAUCUCUGGAGAGACCUGAAAAUAGCUGUGCAGCGACGCUCCCCAUCCAACCUGACAGGCCUUGAGAGGAUCUGCAGAGAAAAAUGGGAGAAACUCCUCAAAUACAGGUGUGCCAAGCUUGUAGCGUCAUACCCAAGAAGACUUGAGGCUGUAAUCGCUGCCAAAGGUGCUUCAACAAAGUACUUAGUAAAGGGUCUGAAUACUUAUGUAAAUGUUGAAAUUUCCGUUUAUUUUUAAUACGUUUGCAAAAAUGUCUAAACCUGUUUUUUGAUUUGUCAUUAUGGGGUAUGGUGUGUAGAUUGAGGGGGGGGGAACAAUAAUCAAUUUUUUAAUAAGGCUGUAAUGUAACAACAUGUGGAAAAAGUCAAGGGAUCUGAAUACUUUCCGAAUGCACUGUAUUUCUGUAUUUUAUUUUCAGUAUAUUUCUACAAACAUGUUUACACUUGGUCAUUAUGGGAUAUUGUGUGUAGAUGGUUGAGAGAAAUCAAUUUAAUCCAUUUUGAAUUCAGGCUGUAACACCAUUUUGGGGUGGAAUAAGUCAAGGUGUAUGAAUACUUUCUGAAGCACUGUAUGCUGAUCAUGACUUCCUUUUUAGUUUAAAAUAAAAGUGUUAUUCUAAGUUCAGUUAUAUUAUUUCUCUCUCCUCUCUUAUUAACAGAUGAAGUCCAGACAGGAUACUUUAGGAAUCUUUCUGAAUGGAUUAGCGAACUCACACACACAAAAAAAACUCCCUAAAAGGACCCAACCAUCAAAGCCACACAAAUCACAUUUCUCCUUUCCUAAAAACUUAUUCAGAACACAGGCUCACCUUCAAAUCUUGCCUGUAGUCCUUCAGAAAGUAGGCCUAUGCUACAUCGUAGCAUAAUGCUAAAAUAAUGUAGCCUAUCAAAUGAAUUGACAAGGAAAGUUUGAAGGGUGAAGAGGGACAGGUAUAGUAUUACUAAAAAAUUGGCCUAAUAUAUAGGCUAGCAUACGAGUGGUGGAUUAAUAGCCCAGCCUAUGAAUUCACUUCUAAUUUACACAUCUGGCUUCACGGUUCCCUUCUUGCGCAUUUCAUGCAUCUCCACUGGCAUCUCUCUCAUCCUCUCUGUACCAGUAGCCUAGCCCAAUGUGUGUCCCAGAAGUAGCAAUAUACACUGAGUAUACAAAACAUUAAGGACACCUUCCUAAUAUUAAGUUGCACCCCCUUUUGCCCUUAGAACAGCCUCAAUUCGUCAGGGCAUGGACUCUACAAGGUGUCGAAAGCGUUCCACAGGGAUGCUGGUCCAUGUUGACUCCAAUGCUUCCCACAGUUGUGUCAAGUUGGCUGGAUGUCCUUUGGGGUGGUGGACCAUUCUUGAUACACACCGGAAACUGUUGAGCGAGAAAAACCCAGUAGCGUUGCAUUUCUUGACACAAACCGGUGCGCCUGGCACCUACUACCAUACCCCGUUCAAAAGGCACUUACAUCUUUUGUCUUGCCCAUUCGCCCCCUGAAUGGCACACAUCCACAAUCCAUGUCUCAAUUGUCUCAAGGCUUAAAUAAUCCUUUAACCUGUCUCCUACCCUUGAUAUACAAUGAUUUUAAGUGGAUUAAACAAGUGACAUCAAUACGGGAUCAUAGCGUUCACCUGGAUUCACCUGGUCAGUCUAUGUCAUGGAAAGAGCAGGUGUCAUGUUUUGUAUACUCAGUGUAGUUUGGUUACUUAUUUUGAGCAAUACAAAUAUAUAUUUGCGGAAAGAAGCACCUUGCUUUUGCUUGCUGGAUAUAAAAUAGGCUCCACAUUCACAAUUAACUGGCGGGGAACUUUUAAUGGCGAGAACCUCUCUGGUGUGAUGUGAUCACAUUGGCUGGUGGUAAAAAUGCAAUAAACAGGAAUCCUCUGUCCAAUGUUAAUGUUUACCAUCAAAUUGAUAAAUUAAGCUAUGUUUUCCUAUCAGUUUAAUUUGCAUAAACAUUGUGAUUGGAUGAUAGCUGCCUGUUAGGGUUAUGAAAUCAGGAUAAAAUCCUCUGAUCUCCUCGCUCAUUAAUUAAAUGUUGUACAUUUACAUUUUAGUCAUUUAGCAGACGCUCUUAUCCAGAGCGACUUACAGGAGCAAUUAGGGUUAAGUGCCUUGCUCAAGGGCACAUCAACAGAUUUUUCCACCUAGUCUGCUCGGGGAUUAGAACCAGCGACCUUUCGGUUACUGGCACAACGCUCUUAACCACUAAGAAAUUAUGUUCAUAUUUGAAGAUUUCCCGAAAGGCUAGUCUCUUUUGGCAAAUGCCAGGACUGGCAAGGCAUGAAAUGUCAUGGCUGAACAGAGACGGCAACCAGUCUAACACAAGACAAUGAUGUGACUAACACUAAGAACCGUAAGUCAAUAUGACCAUAUCUCCCAACAAGAUAAUGGCUUGUUGUCAAGGUCUGGCCUACUCAACUAUAUGAACCAACCUUGCAUGACCAUUGCAUCAUGCAACUACUGUAGGAUGUUAUUAGAAGAAGAAGAAAAAAGAACACAAUCAAUAAAUCGUAAAAAAAAAAAAAAAAAAAUUGCGACACUCUACUGUAUAAAAUAAUAAUCAACCCAUCACUAGAUGUUAUGUAUCUUUUACUCAGGUGAUGGAAAUAUUAUCUUUUAGAGAACAGAUUAAACAAAGCCCUACCUACAAUGUGGUCCUCUGUAGCUCAGCUGGUAGAGCACGGCGCUUGUAACGCCAAGGUAGUGGGUUCGAUCCCCGGGACCACCAAUACACAAAAAUGUAUGCACGCAUGACUGUAAGUCGCUUUGGAUAAAAGCGUCUGCUAAAUGGCUUAUUAUUAUUAUUAUUAUUAUUAUUACAAUAAGCUACAAUCAUGGCUUAUGCAUUUUUAUGAUUACCAUUUUAGCCAGAAUAAAAAAUAUAUAUAAUAAUGAACACGAUAGGAAUAUUUACUGUCCACAAGGGGGCAGUGCACAUUUCCUGUAGUGCCAAUAUGGCAGCCCAAUUCUGAUUAUAUAUAUAUAUUUUUUCACUAAUUGGUGUUUUGACCAAUCACAUCAGAUCUUUUCACUAAAUAUAGUUUUCAGAGCUGAUCAAAUUGGUCAAAAGAUUGGUUAAAAUACCAAUUUAGUGAAACAAAAUCUCAGGAUUGGUCUGCCUGUGAACGCAGCUUAUAUUUACAUUUUUUUUCCACAUUUUUAGUCAUUUAGCAGACGCUCUUAUCCAGAGCGACUUACAGUUAGUGAAUACAUAUUUUUUUAUACUGGCCCCCCGUGGGAAUCGAACCCACAACCCUGGCGUUGCAAACGCCAUGCUCUAUCAACUGAGCUACAUCCCUGCCGGCCAUUCCCUCCCCUACCCUGGACGACGCUGGGCCAAUUGUGCGCCGCCCCAUGAGUCUCCCGGUCGCGGCCGGCUGCGACAGAGCCUGGAUUCGAACCAGGAUCUCUAGUGGCACAGCUAGCACUGCAAUGCAGUGCCUUAGACCACUGCUCCACUCAGGAGUUAUAUGUUGUUGGAUACAGCACUCCCACUGGUGUAGAUAAAGGAUACAUCUCAAGCACCUAGGGGUUUCCUCUCCCAUUCUUUACCACUUCCUGUCAUCUAUGGGGAGAUUGUCAUUUUCCUGAUCAGUUGGUUGGUUUACUAAUUGAACAGUUUGAACUAAUCCAAUAUGUUUUAGUUUUUGCUUGACGGGUCCUGGUAGGAUUCCUAUAGAACUGACUUCCGUGUAAUGAUUUGAUCUGCUGUUCUUCUUCCUGCUGUAGCACCGAGACACACCUGACAACAACCCAGAUACUCCUUUUGAGUUCACUGUGGACAACCUGAAGGUGAGUGGAUGAUGCCAGAGGAUGAUCAUUUUAAAGAAAUGCCUGCACAUCAAGACUAACAACAAAACUAUUAGAACAGUUUAUUACAAUGUAAAUCACAUCAACUUUAACUCAUUUUUUAAAAAGGAAGCGUUAUAACGUCACAUUCUCUGUUCUUAUCAACAACCACAUCUGUUUGUUGUUGUCUAGAGGAUUGAUGCCAUCAUUAGUAUGUACCCCGAGGGUCACAAGCAGGCCGCCACCAUCCCUGUGUUGGACCUGGCUCAGAGACAGCAUGGAUGGCUCCCCAUCUCAGCUAUGAACAAGGUAAUCAAUCUAUCGAUAUCCCCAUCUCCGCUAUGAACAAGGUCUAUCCAUCUACCAAUAUCCUGACUGAGGCAUCUGUUUGCUUCAGAAUAGAGUAUGUUCAUCUGUUGGCUUAUGUAGUAACACAUUACUUUAAAUGGGCAUAAUCAGAAUGAAUGACGUAGAUUUACACAGAAUCUCUACUUGCAGACCUGGGGCGUGAUCAGUAGGGAUGAAACAUUUUUUAGAAACUGAGUCAUCCAUUAUUGGACUGACCAUACUUACUCAAUGCUCGACCUUUUAUUUGUUAAUUAGCCUCUGUUUUUUCCGGGAAAAAAAACCCAUUCAUUUUCCUCAUCUCCCAGGUGGCCGAGGUGCUUGAGGUCCCUCCGAUGAGAAUCUAUGAGGUAGCAACGUUCUACACCAUGUUCCUGAGGCAGCCGGUGGGGAAGUACCACAUCCAGAUCUGCACUACAACUCCCUGCAUGCUUUGCGACUCCGACAGCAUCCUGGAGGCCAUCCAGAACAAACUGGGUAGGAGAUCAACUGUCCCGUUUGGUUCACAGAGUGAAGGGGAUUAAAGUGGAGAUGAAAGCAGAUCUGGAUUUAGUUUUUUUGUUUUAUUGUGUAUGUGACAGAUGAACUGGAGGAUAAACGUGGAUGUACAGUGGGGGGAAAAGUAUUUAGUCAGCCACCAAUUGUGCAAGUUCUCCCACUUAAAAAGACCAGAGGCCUGAGAGGCCUGUAAUUUUCAUCAUAGGUACACGUCAACUAUGACAGACAAAUUGAGAUUUUUUUUUCCUGAAAAUCACAUUGUAGGAUUUUUAAUGAAUUUAUUUGCAAAUUAUGGUGGAAAAUAAGUAUUUGGUCACCUACAAACAAGCAAGAUUUCUGGCUCUCACAGACCUGUAACUUUUUCUUUAAGAGGCUCCUCUGUCCUCCACUCGUUACCUGUAUUAAUGGCACCUGUUUGAACUUGUUAUCAGUAUAAAAGACACCUGUCCACAACCUCAAACAGUCACACUCCAAACUCCACUAUGGCCAAGACCAAAGAGCUGUCAAAGGACACCAGAAACAAAAUUGUAGACCUGCACCAGGCUGGGAAGACUGAAUCUGCAAUAGGUAAGCAGCUUGGUUUGAAGAAAUCAACUGUGGGAGCAAUUAUUAGGAAAUGGAAGACAUACAAGACCACUGAUAAUCUCCCUCGAUCUGGGGCUCCACGCAAGAUCUCACCCCGUGGGGUCAAAAUGAUCACAAGAACGGUGAGCAAAAAUCCCAGAACCACACGGGGAGACCUAGUGAAUGACCUGCAGAGAGCUGGGACCAAAGUAACAAAGCCUACCAUCAGUAACACACUACGCCGCCAGGGACUCAAAUCCUGCAGUGUCAGACGUGUCCCCCUGCUUAAGCCAGUACAUGUCCAGGCCCGUCUGAAGUUUGCUAGAGUGCAUUUGGAUGAUCCAGAAGAGGAUUGGGAGAAUGUCAUAUGGUCAGAUGAAACCAAAAUAGAACUUUUUGGUAAAAACUCAACUCGUCGUGUUUGGAGGACAAAGAAUGCUGAGUUGCAUCCAAAGAACACCAUACCUACUGUGAAGCAUGGGGGUGGAAACAUCAUGCUUUUGGGCUGUUUUUCUGCAAAGGGACCAGGACGACUGAUCCGUGUAAAGGAAAGAAUGAAUGGGGCCAUGUAUCGUGAGAUUUUGAGUGAAAACCUCCUUCCAUCAGCAAGGGCAUUGAAGAUGAAACGUGGCUGGGUCUUUCAGCAUGACAAUGAUCCCAAACACACCGCCCGGGCAACGAAGGAGUGGCUUCGUAAGAAGCAUUUCAAGGUCCUGGAGUGGCCUAGCCAGUCUCCAGAUCUCAACCCCAUAGAAAAUAUUUGGAGGGAGUUGAAAGUCCGUGUUGCCCAGCGACAGCCCCAAAACAUCACUGCUCUAGAGGAGAUCUGCAUGGAGGAAUGGGCCAAAAUACCAGCAACAGUGUGUGAAAACCUUGUGAAGACUUACAAAAAACGUUUGACCUGUGUCAUUGCCAACAAAGGGUAUAUAACAAAGUAUUGAGAAACUUUUGUUAUUGACCAAAUACUUAUUUUCCACCAUAAUUUGCAAAUAAAUUCAUUAAAAAUCCUACAAUGUGAUUUUCUGGAUUUUUUUUCUUCUCAUUUUGUCUGUCAUAGUUGACGUGUACCUAUGAUGAAAAUUACAGGCCUCUCUCAUCUUUUUAAGUGGGAGAACUUGCACAAUUGGUGGCUGACUGAAUACUUAUUUCCCCCACUGUAUACAAUAUGUCCUGCAAUACAAACAUCAGGGAAUAGCAGUUUAUCCAAAAAUGAAUAUAGUUGUGUACACUAGGGUUGGUUGAUGUCAACCAUUGUCCUAUCGUGCUUAUGUACGCAUAAAACAUUGUGAUGUACGAUGGUAUCGCUCCCUAUUGGCCAACAACAAACUCAGCGGGAACUCCGCUAAAUCGACUGUGCGAAAUCGAAUCCUACAACUGAAUGAAUAAUGAGGAAAGAUAAUGUUGUUGAAAGCCUGGGCAGAGACAGAGUGCAGGCACAUCUUCUCUAAUAUUCCUUUCUGGUGGAGAAGCAGAGCAGGUCUGUGUGGCCAUUUUGUUAUAUGAUAGGCCAGUAGGAGGAUAGGUUAUUGGCCAUUUUGGUUUUCGACCUCACAUGGAGGGGUGUUCCCGGCCCGCAUGGAUCAUUUAUUUCUUAAUAAGCUUAAGCUUAAUUAAACUUGUCAUUUGAUUUUUCUACAGGCUAUUGACAUGGUUUGUCCUACAGGCUAUUGACAUGGUUUGUCCUACAGGCUAUUGACAUGGUUUGUCCUACAGGCUAUUGACAUGGUUUGUCACCUCGCUAGCUUACGUUUUUAAGCUAUCCAAACAUCUUUUUGAGAUGGAACUCCGUUACAUUCAUUGUUUGAUCGGGAUAAAGCCAUGCAUAAAACUAUGAAAGUGUAGCCUAUAGACCAAAGUCAUAUUCAUAGCCUAUAGAAUGGAGAGAGAGAAGGGAAUAUAGGAUUUUUGUUUUUUUUAACUGCUAGUAGACACAAGAUACUUUUCGUCAUGUAGUGUAUGUGGACACCUGCUCGUCGAAUAUCUCAUUCCAAAAUCAUGGGCAUUAAUAUGGAGUUGGUCCCCCCCUUUGCUGCUAUAACAGCCUCCACUCUUCUGGGAAGGCUUUCCACUAGAUGUUGGAAGAUUGCUGCAGGGACUUGCUUCCAUUCAGCCACAAGAGCAUUAGUAAGGUCGGGCACUGAUGUUGGGCGAUUAGGCCUGGCUCGCUGUCGGCGUUCCAAUUAAUCCCAAAGGUGUUUGAUGGGGUUGAGGUCAGGGCUCUGUGCAGGACAGUCAAGUUCUUCCACACCGAUCUCGACAAACCAUUUCUGUAUGGACCUCGCUUUGUGCACGGGGGCAUUGUCAUGCUGAAACAGGAAAGGGCCUUCCCCAAACUGUUGCCACAAAGUUGGAAUCACAGAAUCGUCUAGAAUGUCAUUGUAUGCUGUAGCGUUAAGAUUUCCCUUCACUGGAACUAAGAGGCCUAGCCCGAACCAUGAAAAACAGCCCCAGACCAUUAUUCCUCCUCCACCAUAACGAACAGUUAUGGUGCUGACGUUGCUUCCGGAGGCAGUUUGGAACUCGGUAGUGAGUGUUGCAACCGGGGACAGGCGAUUUUUACGCGCUUCAACACUCAGCGGUCCCAUUCUGUGAGCUUGUGUGGCCUACCAUAUCGCGGCUGAGCCGUUGUUGCUCCUAGACGUUUCCACUUCACAAUAACAGCACUUACAGUUGACCAGGGCAGAAAUGUGACGAACUGACUUGUUGGAAAGGUGGCAUCCUAUGACGGUGCCACGUUGAAAGUUACUGAGCUCUUCAGUAAGGCCAUUCUACUGCCAAUGUUUGUCUAUGGAGAUUGCAUGGCUGUGUGCUAGAUUUAUACACCCGUCAGCAACGGGUGUGGCUGAAAUAGCCGAAUCCACUAAUUUGAAGGAGUGUCCACAUACUUUUCAUAUAUAGUGUAGUUAAAUAGUGUCCGAAAAUUUUUUAAUAAGGAAAAGGUUUAGGCUAUAGUCUAAAUCAGCCCAACCCUGUUCCUGGAGAGCUACCCUCCUGUAGGUUUUAACUCCAACCCUGUUCCUGGAGAGCUACCCUCCUGUAGGUUUUAACCCCAACCCUGUUCCUGGAGAGAUACCCUCCUGUAGGUUUUAACUCCAACCCUGUUCCUGGAGAGCUACCCUCCUGUAGGUUUUCGCUCCAACCCUGUUCCUGGAGAGCUACCCUCCUGUAGGUUUUUGCUCCAACCCUGUUCCUGGAGAGCUACCCUCCUGUAGGUUUUCGCUCCAACCCUGUUCCUGGAGAGAUACCCUCCUGUAGGUUUUCGCUCCAACCCUGUUCCUGGAGAGAUACCCUCCUGUAGGUUUUCGCUCCAACCCUGUUCCUGGAGAGCUACCCUCCUGUAGGUUUUCGCUCCAACCCCAGGUGUUACUAACCUGAUUCAUCUUAUCAACCUGCUAAUUAUUAGAAUCAGUUGUGCUAGAUUAGGGAUGGAGCAAAAACCUACAGGAUGGUAGCUCUCCAGGAACUGGGUUGGGCAGUCCUGGUCUAAAUGAAUAGGUUUAGGCUAUGGUCUAAAUGAAUAGGUUUAGGCUAUAGUCUAAAUGAAUAGGUUUAGGCUAUAGUCUAAAUGAAUAGGUUUAGGCUAUAGUCUAAAUGAAUAGGUUUAGGCUAUAGUCUAAAUGAAUAGGUUUAGGCUAUAGUCUAAAUGAAUAGGUUUAGGCUAUAGUCUAAAUGAAUAGGUUUAGGCUUUAGUCUAAAUGAAUAGGUUUAGGCUUUAGUCUAAAUGAAUAGGUUUAGGCUAUAGUCUAAAUGAAUAGGUUUAGGCUAUAGUCUAAAUGAAUAGGUUUAGGCUAUAGUCUAAAUGAAUAGGUUUAGGCUUUAGUCUAAAUGAAUAGGUUUAGGCUAUAGUCUAAAUGAAUAGGUUUAGGCUCUGGUCUAAAUGAAUAGGUUUAGGCUAUAGUCUAAGGACCAUGCAUCCGACAGAGAGAAACAAUAUUUUCUGACUGGACAUUCCGCUGUGGUGGAAUUCUCCACUCGGUCUCCACUCCAUGCCCCUCUUGUGUUCUGUAGGCUAUAUAACAUAUUUAUUGAAAUAGGCUAUAGCAUGUAGGAAUAGGCUAAUUACUCAAAUGUCACUUGUGUGCUGUCCUGCUGUGUACUGUCCUGCCGUCCUGCUGUGUCCUGUCCUGCUGUGUCCUGUCCUGCUGUGUACUGUCCUGCUGUGUCCUGUCCUGCUGUGUUCUGUCCUUCUGUCCUGCUGUGUUCUGUCCUUCUGUCCUGCUGUGUGCUGUCCUGCUGUGUUCUGUCCUUCUGUCCUGCUGUGUCCUGUCCUGCUGUGUCCUGUCCUGCUGUGUCCUGUCCUGCUGUGUUCUGUCCUUCUGUCCUGCUGUGUCCUGUCCUGCUGUGUCCUGUCCUGCUGUGUCCUGUCCUGCUGUGUCCUUCCUGCUGUUCUGUCCUGCUUGCCUUGUAUGCUCUGUGUCUGUCCUGCUGUGCCUGUCUGCUGUUACUGUGUCCUGCUGUGUCUGUCCUGCUGUGUCCGUCCUGCUGUGUAGCUGUGUCCUGCUGUGUCCUGUCCUGCUGUGUCCUGUCCUGCUGUGUCCUUCUGCCUGCUGUGUCUGUCCUGCUGUGUCCUGUCCUGCUGUGUCCUGUCCUGCUGUGUCCUGUCCUGCUGUGUCCUGUCCUGCUGGUUGUGUGUACUGUCCUGCUGUGUCCCUGUAUGCCUGCUUUUCUGUCCUGUUCCGCUGCUUGUGUCCUGCCUGUUGUACUGUCCGCUGUGUCUGUCCUGCUGUGUCCUGUCCUGCUGGUUGUCUGUGUGUCUGUCCUACUGUGUCUGUCCUGCUGUGUACUGUCCUGCUGUGGUACUGUCCUGCUUUCCUGUGUACUGUCCUGCUGUGUCCUGUCCUGCUGUGUACUGUCCUGCUGUGUACUGUCCUGCUGUGUCCUGUCCUGCUGUGUACUGUCCUGCUGUCCUGCUGUGUCCUGUCCUGCUGUGUACUGUCCUGCUGUGUCCUGUCCUGCUGUGUACUGUCCUGCUGUCCUGCUGUGUCCUGUCCUACUGUCCUGCUGUGUGCUGUCCUGCUGUGUACUGUCCUACUGUCCUGCUGUGUCCUGUCCUGCUGUGUCCUGCUGUGUCCUGUCCUGCUGUGUCCUGUCCUGCUGUGUACUGUCCCUACUGUGUACUGUCCUGCUGUGUCCUGUCCUGCUGUGUACUGUCCUGCUGUCCUGCUGUGUACUGUCCUGCUGUGUCCUGUCCUGCUGUGUACUGUCCUGCUGUGUCCUGUCCUGCUGUGUCCUGUCCUGCUGUGUACUGUCCUGCUGUGUCCUGUCCUGCUGUGUACUGUCCUGCUGUGUCCUGUCCUGCUGUGUCCUGUCCUGCUGUGUACUGUCCUGCUGUGUCCUGUCCUGCUGUGUCCUGUCCUGCUGUGUCCUGUCCUGCUGUGUACUGUCCUACUGUGUACUGUCCUGCUGUGUCCUGUCCUGCUGUGUACUGUCCUGCUGUCCUGCUGUCCUACUGUCCUGCUGUGUACUGUCCUACUGUGUACUGUCCUGCUGUGUCCUGUCCUGCUGUGUACUGUCCUGCUGUCCUGCUGUCCUACUGUCCUGCUGUGUACUGUCCUGCUGUGUACUGUCCUGCUGUGUACUGUCCUGCUGUGUCCUGUCCUGCUGUGUACUGUCCUGCUGUCCUGCUGUGUGCUGUCCUGCUGUGUACUGUCCUGCUGUGUGCUGUCCUGCUGUGUCCUGUCCUGCUGUGUGCUGUCCUUCUGUGUCCUGUCCUGCUGUGUGCUGUCCUGCUGUGUACUGUGAGACUCAGUUCUUUACUGCUCGGCACCAGUCAAGUUCAAAUAGGGUAAACCAUCAUCUGUCACAUUAUGAUGUCGUUACCAUCGACGAUAGCUAUCAAUCGUCAUCGAUAGACGAUGGUAUUGUAAUAUCGCCCAACCCUAGAGUACACAACAAUAAAGGAUUGUUUAGAGUCGAGUAUUAAGCUAGCUUCGGAGAUCUAGGAAAAAAACUGUUCAUCAAUUAAAAUGAUCACUACUUAACCAUGAUGCUAAACCUACUGUAUCCUUUCUUGUGAAUAUGAAGUCAGUUCUCUUGCAGUGUCAAGAUGCUGGGUUCCAGUCGGUUUCUGCUUUUGCAGUGUCAAGAUGCUGGGUUCCAGUCGGUUUCUGCUUUUGCAGUGUCAAGAUGCUGGGUUCCAGUCGGUUUCUGCUUUUGCAGUGUCAAGAUGCUGGGUUCCAGUCGGUUUCUGCUUUUGCAGUGUCAAGAUGCUGGGUUCCAGUCGGUUUCUGCUUUUGCAGUGUCAAGAUGCUGUUUCUCUUGCCAAUUGUCAUGCAGAACAUGUUUGGCUUGACAAUGGAGUAGGCAAAAGCACAAACAGAAUUGGGACCAGUUCACCGAUCCUUCCAUCAGAUCAGUCUAAUAAAGCCUUAACCUCUUCCUCCUCCUCCUCCUCCUCUUCCUCCCUCAGGCAUCAAGGUAGGAGGGAUGACUGCAGACAAGAUGUUCUCUCUAAUAGAGGUGGAAUGUCUUGGUGCCUGUGUUAACGCCCCCAUGGUCCAGAUCAACGACAACUACUACGUGAGUAGUAGUGGGGCUGGGAAUGACCAGGAACCUCACGAUACGAUAUUAACACCAUACUUAGGUGCUGAUACAAUAUGUAUUGCGAUUCUCACGAUUCUAUAUGUAUUGCGAUUCAAUACUGUGAUUUUUAUUGCGAUUCGAUGUUCCAUACAAUAUUGCUCCCCAUAUGUCUGCUGCAGAGGGACGAGAGCCAUGAGAAAACAAGUUUUGAUCGGUCAUGGAAAUAAAAGUGCUGAAAACAAAACUGGCUCCCUGUCUUUUGAAAAGAUGGAGAACAAGCUGUGAAGGGAAAAACACAGGGGGUUUUGGUACAGCAGACUAGCGCAAAAAAUAAUACUGCCAUAUUCUCAAAAUGAUAUCGGCAAAACUAUGAGUUAGUUGGUGUCUUCUCUAGUUCUCCAUUACUACCAUCUACGUUAGUUACAAAACCGCUAAGGCUCCCUACAAACCACAACCCUCGUGCUGCAAGAAUUAAGCAGAACUGAUUUGUUUUUUUUGUGUAAUUUUAGAAAUAUAGCAAUACAAAUUUCCCUCAAAUUUAGGAAUGAAGUUAUUGUUAUAUCGAACUGGUUUUAUGACGUGUUAGGAUAGUUUUACUGGGUAAAUAGACUGGUUUUAUGAAGUGUUAGGUUUACUCUCUAAAUAGACUGGUUUUAUGACGUGUUAGGAUAGUUUUACUGGGUAAAUAGACUGGUUAUAUGACGUGUUAAAAACUGGAUCUAUUUUGUAAUGUGUUGCUGUCCUCUGGUUUUCAGGAGGACCUGAGUCCUAAAGACAUUGAUCAGAUCAUUGAUGAGCUGAAAGCUGGGAACGUCCCUCCGCCUGGGCCCAGGUACGAACGUCUAUCAUCUCAUAUUUAGGGUCCUGUAUUUGCGCGAUAAUCAAAUCAAAUGUAUUGGUCACAUACACAUGGUUAGCAGAUAUUAUUGCGAGUGUAGCCAAAUGCUUGUGCUUCUAGUUCCGACAGUGCAGCAAUAUCUAGCCAGUAAUAUCUAACAGAUACACAACAAAAACCUAAUACACACAAAUCUAAGUAAAGGAAUGGAAUAACAAUAUAUAAAUAUAUGGAUGAGCAAUGUCAUUAUCAGAGCGGCAUAGGCUAAGAUGCAAUAGAUAGAAUAGAAUACAGUAUAUACAUAUGAGAAGGACAACCUUCCAGAAGGACAACCAUCUCUGCAGCACUCCACCAAUCAGGCCUUUAUGGUAGAGUGGCCAGACGGAAGGCACUCCUCAGUAAAAAGCCCAUGACAGCCCGCUUGGAGUUUGCCAAAAGGCACCUAAAGACUCUCAGACCAUGAGAAAUAAGAUUCUCUGGUCUGAUGAAACCAAGAUUGAACUAUUUUUGGCCUGAAUGCCAAGUGUCACGUCUGGAGGAAACCUGGCACCAUCCCUACGAUGAAGCAUGGUUGUAGCAGCAUCAUGCUGUGGUGAUGUUUUUCAGUGGCAGGGACUGGGAGACUAGUCAGGAUCGAGGGAAAGAUGAACGGAGAAAAGUACAGAGAGCUCCUUGAUGAAAACCUGCUCUAGAGCGCUCAGGACCUCAGACUGGGGUGAAGGUUCACCUUCCAACAGGACAAUGACCCUAAGCACACAGCCAAGACAACACAGGAGUGGCUUCGGGACAAGUCUCUGAAUGUCCUUGAGUGGCGCAGCCAGAGCCCGGACUUGAACCCGAUCGAACAUCUCUGGAGAGACCUGAAAAUAGCUGUGCAGCCCCCAUCCAACCUGACAGAGCUUGAGAGGAUCUGCAGAGAAGAAUGGGAGAAACUCCCCAAAUACAGGUGUGCCAAGCUUGUAGCGUCAUACCAAAGACGACUCGAGGCUGUAAUCACCGCCAAAGGUGCUUCAACAAAGUACUGAGUAAAGGGUCUGAAUACUUAUGUAAAUGUGAUAUUUCGGGGGGGGGGGGGGUUUAUUUAUAAAUUUGCGAACAUUUCUAAAAAACAGUUUUUGCUUUGUCAUUAUGGGGUCUGGUGUGUAGAUUGAGGGGAAAAAAUCCCUUAUUUUAGAAUAAGGCUGUAACGUAACAAAGUGGAAAAAGGAUAAGGGGUCUGAAUACUUUCUGAAUGCACUGUAUAUAUGUUUAUGAUUUAUUUUAUUUUACACGCAUCUUCCUCUUUUUGACUACAAAACAUAGAAACCUGCCGUUUUCACAUUUGUUGAUUUUUGGGGUCGUGCUGGAAAUGAAUAUAAAGUUAUAGUUUGACAUUUCUCAAACGUAAUAAUUCUUUGUUAUUUAUCUUCCAGGAACGGGCGUUUCUCCUGUGAACCGGCAGGUGGACUGACGUCUCUGUCUGAGCCUCCUCCAGGACCUGGUUUUGGUGUCAGAGCUGAUUUAUAAAGAGCUUUAG